GUCACCUUUCUGUAGAAUAGAAAUCUUCCAGCAGCUCAGUAGUGUCCCUGCUGAAGCGAAAUGGAACUUGAACAAACCUAACAUUGAUGCACGAUUGCGGCUGGUCUAUCGAGUGAAUUUGACAAGCUGGGAGGAGAGGGAAAGGGUAAGGAGUCAAACAGAGAAGAGAGAGGCACGGGAUAGGCCUUGAGGAAGACUGGUGCUUCACCAUGCCGUCACGAAAGUGAAGUCGAGAUUAUGCAUGCCUAAUUGCUCUUUCCGAGAAACUCGGGGCCUCUGUUUUAGAACGAGGAACGCGAAAAAGCCUUAUUUCUGAACAUAAUUUCUUUAUUGUUACGAAGGUAAACGAACCGAAAUGUUAGACUUGAUUUCAUUUUGAGAGUGAGAUGAACUUGCCAGGAGGCUAAACAAACUUUGAUUAUAUUGCUGCCAUUCGAUCUGUUUUCAUGCGAGUGAUGGACACUGGCACACAUAGUCAACAGAGACCGAAAUACAGAGCAGGGAAAAUACAGAAGACGGCUUUUACUCCAAUUCCCAGAAUUUGUUUUAAUUUUCCAAGUAUUUGCACCAAGCUGUCAGGUGUUUACAAGUCUUCUUUCUUGCAAUUCUUCCAAGAUAACUAUAUAAAACAUAAAUCUGUUAUAAAGCCAAAUAUUUUGCCGCUGUUUUCUUGAAAACGCUUUCUAAGAAAUACACGAAAUCCUUCUAACAAAACCGAGACGGCGACAAGGUUACCGGGGAAAAGAAAUAGUACUUGAUGUUUGCACUCCUUUAUUUUGAGUUCAUGUUGACAUUAAGCUCUGAAAACCUACAACUGCGAAAUAUCUUACAAUAGAGGUCCUGCUCAAAGUCGAUCUUUAUCUUCAACAUUAACGAAAGGAGGCAAAAUGACUCAAUACUUUGCAUAACUAACAAUGGAUAUGACAGAGCUGUCAACUGCCAAAUUGCAACUAACUUGAAGGGAACCUUAAACUUCACCAAAACCUUUCUUAAUUUUUGUAAUGAUGGACAGUGAGCUGAAAAGUUAAAUUGGGAUAUUUUCUGAUUCCUUAGAGGCAAAACACGUAAGGUCAUUCAACUUGGUCUUUAACUUUUCUUCGAUCAAUUUAGAUUUCUUUGCAACUUUUAAAAAGUCAAAACGUAAAUGCUUUCACAAAAAAAUUCUUUUGAUUGGUAAAAUUACUCUAAUUAUGUUUCCGUUGAAUUGCCCAUCAUUUUGAUUAAUAAUACACAAUUAAUUAAUGGACUGAAAUGUUCUUAGAUUUACCUUGAGAUGCAAAUCUUAUUGCAAUAAUGAGCUAAUGAAGGGGGAACUUUUACCUCAUAAAAAGUCGAAAAUAGGAACUACAGGAUGGAAUAUCAAAGAAGAGAAGAACCUGUGAGGAAUCUAAUUUACCCAUGACUGAAAAAAUGUUGUAUUAUGUUUCUAAAUGAUGCACACAGCCCCUUUUCAAGGCUCAGCUAUUAUUAAAAUUCGGGUUUUUACUAUUGCACUCAAAUCUAUGUGUUUGCUUUUAUGAUACAUCUCACCGAACUAAUUAUUCAGUUUACAACAGUUAUCCUUAAUCUAACUUGUCAUCUGUUUUAGGCUCCUGGUUUGGACGUUAAGAUGUUUUCUACCCAACACGACUAAAAUUCUCUAUUCCAUGAUAUUUUUUUUGAUAACAUGUAGGUUUGAAGUUUCAGAUUUUCAUCUCGCACUGACAACAUGAUAGCCAUACAAACACAACCAAGAGGCUCAGCAAUGCCAACAGGGUCAAGAGGAAUUCUUGGUUAGUGCUUUCUACAAGCUACAAACAAAAUAAAAUGUUUUUUUCCUCUUGUGUGUUAGCUAGUUGAUUUUCAUCAAAAAAUCUACUGAUGGAUAAUUUUCGUACCAUUACGGCAUCAUCUCGGUUUAUCGGAAAACUGGUGAUCAUUAUCAUUUAUGAAAUCACAACUAAAGUGAACAAAAAAACAAUCUCUAUCAUUUUCCCAAAAUUUGAAAGAGGGAAGUAUUUCAUUGCUUUCAUUGUGAAAACUAUGAUUUGGACUCUACAGCUAGAUGUUUGACUUAUGCUGUCAGUGAAAUAUACAAAGAUCUUGCUUAAAUAAUCGAAACGGUCAUCCCUUUAGUCGCUCCUAUUAAGCCAUUAUAGCAAGGCCUCUUUUUACAGUUUGUACUCACUUUUCCGCCUUCAGGUGCCAAUGUAUCACUUCCUGAUGUCUCGUACCAACUUCUGUUUCCACUGGAAGAAAAAAUGUGAGUUUGUGAGUUUCUUCUUUGGGAAGAUGUUUAGGAGGAUAUUUAGGAAGGUGUUGACGAUCGAAGCUAUGUUUUCAGGAGCGAGCUAAAAUAUUACUUACAUUAUAUAUCGCAUACUCCCACAAUAAAAACGGAAUUUUUGGUGGGGGGUGCAGGGGAGGGGUGAGGGAGGAUGAUAAAAGAUGCUCAGAAAUUAAAAAUGAGCGUUGAAAUGACCGCCAAUUGAAGAAGCUUUUGACUGUCAAACAAAUUCUCCUUGUCAGCGCCAGAGAAAUUGCACAGAAACAGUAUGGAAAAUAUGCAUACUGGUGUUAUGGUGUAAAAGGAUGAAUUUAAGAAAUACAGUCAUCUGUACUUGGUAUCGCUUAGCUUGCAGACUGUAAGUGAUAAAGGAUUAAGUUAUUUAAACCAGGCUUACAAUACAACCAAUCUUCGUUCGGAUUCUCCUUGUGAACAAAAUCUAAGAGGGUUUCCUCGUUCUGUCUGCCGAUUUUCCUAAAAAUUGAAUAAAGAGAGAGAGAGAGAGAGAGAGAGAGAGAGAGAGAGAGAGAGAGAGAGAGAGAGAGAGAGAGAGAGAAAGAACUGAAUAAUAAGUCAUAGUCCAUUGGAAGUUAUAAAUAGUACACAGCGCAAUAUUUUCAAAUCAUAUGCAGUAUGAUUCUUACUUAUUGGACUAAAUGACCUUUCUAUGUAUGGUUCAUGAAACAUGAAGAGAGGAAUUGGGAGAAAACACUCGUGUAACGCUAAAUUGUGCUAACUUUCUUCAUUUCAACUAUGACGUUUGGUAUAUUUCCGUAAUUUAUUUUUCUCUUUCGCUUUAUAGUCUAAAAUAAAAACUCUUACUUUUUUUUUUCGGAGGGUACGGUAACGAAUCCUGCAAUCUGAUUGGUUCUUUACCCGGUCAGUAUUUUCCUAUCUCUGCCCACGGGCCACGGUAACGCUCUCGUGAGUCGCCGAGUACAUCCCAACUAUCGUUGCCAUUUUUCAUUAAUAUAUCUCGUUUUCCGUCUGGGCGGUACUUUUAAGCAAACACGUUGGUCACUACCUCAGGCCGAUAAAUAACUUAUGAAUCCUCUCUUUUCCUUCUCUCAAAUCACUUUGGUUGACAGAAAAAUAUUAGUUUCAGAAUGAACUCGUAUAAGCAAUAGUGAUUGCGUUAGUUGACAAGGGCCUAAAAACCGUCUGCAAUUAAUUUUAAGCGUUCACAAAAAGUACCUAGAAAGUUAAAACGUGAGGUAUUUGGUUACAGUUAAACUGAACGAUGGAACUUUCAUUUGUUUAAUAUCUGAAUUUUCUCAAACAACUUGUUCGUAGUGAAAGAGCGAGCGAAGUUUUAAUUUCAGUUCUUUGCAAGUCCGUUCAAUUUGGACAUUUGUACCGCAAAUUGCACAACAGAAACUGAAGGAAUUUAUUGAGAAAAGGCCGCAUUAAAUCCCCUUGUGUCUCGUUGGAGUGUGCCAUUCGAAUUUAGUUCUUGUGGAGGAAAGACCAAAUUUACACUCGCCAUUGCAGCAAACAAACCAGCAAACUCUCACAACUUCAAAAUAAAAAACUUGAAUUUACUCACAAUUACUUUCCUCGCCGUUUACUCAAUGAACAGAGGUAAAUCUUCGUACAUGAAUGAAUCGUCGAUGAGAGUGAAUAAUACUUUCCGUCAGAUUAUUGACUGUUUUUGAAGAAAACAUUGUCGUGACAGUCCUUGUCAAACUAGUUCCGUUGUUUUUCAAAUCUUCUUGCCCUUUUUUUCUUACGCACUGUCUAAUUGACAGGUGUCAGAUUGUGACAGAUAUUUGUAAAAAUAAAGUUUCAAAGUUGUUUGGAAGCCUCUGAAAUUACCGUUAUAGUUAUGUUAAUGAAAAUGUUUCGGAGAGGCAUCUCUCUUUACUUUGCAUCACCUCUAAUUUAACUACCAUUUACUCGCUCAAAAAUUGUUCAGUUUAUGGAAGAUCUUGCCGUAUUUACAGCCCUAAAUCAUUCGGGUUCUUUCGGAAAGAAUUUCGUCAAGUUAAAAAAAAUAAAUAUGUUAUUUACCGGCUAUGGGUCGGUCCGUAUGGUGAAAGACUGUGACCUCGUCCUUGAAAUUUCAAGACCAGCCGGCAAGUAGCAUAUAUGUACUGUUACUUGAAAUUAUCAAUUCCUUUGGUACAUACCUCAUCUUUUGGCAGCAUUUCAAAGUUAAGUUUUCUGCAAAAUAAAAAAAGCGCAGGAAAUUUCACCAGUUGGAUUCGUUCACAAGCUCUUUUCGGGUCCUUCUGGGAGCGUUCGUGUGACAUUCAAGUAAUUUCCUUUAGAUGAACGUGCUUCAGACAUUUUUAAACACCGUCACCAAAAGCAUUAAAUAACUUAGUAAAUAUAGUAUGAGUCUGUAGCCGUUAUGAAACAAAACUAUCAGAAAGAGAAUUGGAUAGAAACUUUAGGAACAAAAGGAUGCUUUUAAUUAAAAUUUACUUGUUCGCUGCUGAGUCAGCUCAGAGAGGACAAAAAUGGUACAGGAAAACUGUUUGCCGGUCCCAGCAUCUCUUGUCGCUUUCUGAACAUGCGUGAGUCAUCAGAUUUUUCGCCCGGUUUAAAUGACCUAACUAAUUCAAUUUUUCCUCAAACGAUUACUUUUCUUACAUUUUUAAAGUGUUUCAAAGAAUCAAGUUAAAAUGAUUGAGAGAACUUUGAAAUUGCUACCAGAAACACGCAAAUGAAAUUAAUGAAUUUAGGGAAGGUGAGGAAAAGGUCUGACCAGACCUGAAAACGACGGUUAGUUUCAGUUAGAAUGCAAGUGAGCAGUUGAUUAUUUACGGUUUGAUUUUAGGGGUAUAAAACUGUAUGUGAUAUUAAAAUUCGCACAAUACCCUUUAUUACUUCGAAUACGUCACUCCAGUGUUACAUGUAAUUAAUAUGGAGUCUACGUGAUACAAACUUUUGCAAAACAAUAACGCAACGUAGGAGUCUACGUGAUACAAACUUUUGCAAAACAAUAACGCAACGUAAGACCCAGAAUCGAAAUUUAAAAUUUAAAAUUACAAUUACGUAACUGUAACUUGUGAAUCGUUUACAGAAAACAUUCUCUCCGUGUGGUUAUUCGGCCAGCGCUCGCUCAGUGAAGGAUUUAUCAAAAUCUUCCCCUCGUUGGAAUAAAAAGAACUUCAUUGCAUUCUUUUCUCAUUUGAUGGGAGGGCUACUGGUAGUAAUUCUGAGUAAUGUAUUCUCCGUCGAAACUGCAAGAACUAAACAUUGUACGUACCUUUCUGGCAGCAUCUGUCUCACUUCACUUUGAAGAGGAAUCUUAGAGUCAAUUGAAGUCGCGUGCUGCAAGGUAAUUAUCGAUACCUUUCGUAGCUUGUCCACCUAGCCACGCCAAUCAGGUGAGGAGAGCGCAUGCUCUUCGAGAUGUUGGAGUGUGGUCGUGAUAUGAUUUCCUCACGUCGGUAAGAAUUGACGGGAAUUUACUGUUUUUGUCUCGGGAAAACAUCCUCUCCUCGAUUCCCUAUAAUUUUAAGCACGUAGCGUGUGUCAAAUCGAUGCCCUGGCUGACCUUCUAUUACCGUCUAGACACGAAGACAUCAAGAAACCCUCAGGAACGUGAAAAAUGAUGCUCAACUCAAGAAUGUUCAAAACAGUAUUUGAAUAUUACUAUUAGCUACAACAGAAUUCGUUUCCUUUCGCAAUCCUCAAUUUAAGGGGGAAACCAUGAUUAAAGUAUUUGCCUCGGGUAAACAAUUAACCCAAACGCAGGAAUUUCACUCAUGAACAGAUCUUACUUCAUUAUUCGAGGUUCAUAAACGUGACCAGACGUUUGUCAUGGCUGAUCAUAUCACAUUAUUGAAAUUGUUAGUGUAAUAAUCUUUUUUAUAACCCAUAUGUGGUGAUAUGCUAACCUCUUGCUAGUAGAUGGCACGUGCCAGUAAAGUAAACUAAUUCAGUUUUUUUUCGUUGCUGUACAACGUCAACUUAAGUAGUUUUUUUCGGACAGUGCGGUUUCAUUGCAUCACACGCGCCCAACCAUCUUUCCAACAAGCUCUAUUUUUAACAGGUUUGUUCAAUUGUUAACAAAUGUGAGUGCCAUAAUCUUUUUAUAAACCAGACGUGGCGAUAUGCUUACCCCGUGUAGCAAUUAGAAUUUGCCUCUCUAUCCAUUGUCAAGCAACUGCGAAAGGAUCUCUUGUUUUUCUUUCUAUUAAACUACUAUUAUGAGGUUCUCUUUCUAUUCAAUAAGUUCGCGUUUUUGCGUGAGGUUAUGUAAGAAUUACGCAACUCCGAUUCAUUUCUAGCCGGUGUGAGCGUUGUUUCCGCCAGAUAAUUCUCAUUGCCAAUUGAUUUCAACUAAUUGAGUCGUUUCGUUAGUUUUUGCUAGCUCCGUGUUGGUCUUGUUUAGGAAUUUAACUGUCGCACCUGGUUACGCCACAAUUUGUAAGUUAAUUUCUAUUUCAUGUAGCCUUUUUCGUUAUUCUUGUUGUUGUUAUAUUUGUACUUAGAUAUUUUCAUUAAUUAUUUAUUUCAGUCAAAUCACGUCUGCACGUCUACACAUCCUUACAUCUAAAUACACGUCUAUCUGGCAAAUAGUUUAAAUGUGCAUUCGUUCUGUGGCCUUAAACGUAAAGUAUUUAUCUACAUUUUAUUCGAAAUAUGUGCAUGGAUUGACUAUAAAUGAUAAAUACAUCAUUUCAUGAUGAUUUUUUUCUAUAAAGUUACAUUAUUUUGAAUUGUGUUUCCUUUGACUGGCUCAUUAUUUUGGCAUUAAAUACCCUAAUCAAAUCAUGUUUAAAGUGUUGACUUCAUAGAAAGGAGAAUAAUAAACGCGAAUUACUAAGUACAGUAUAAGUAAGUAAUUAAAGCCCAUGGGGCCGGCGCUUAACUCCGGUUUUCUUAGCAUGAAGCGGUUAAGAGUAUUGCUUCUUCCCCCUCGAUCCGGAGUCGAGCGCACUAACCAUGAGGCCACCGCGCCUCCACAAAGUACAGCAUAAGCUAAGAGACUUAACAUGCGUUAUCAAUAACCAAAAAUCUUAUUAUAUCAGAACAAGCUAAUGCAGAAGAAACUUUCCCCUGAUAAUCGAAAAUACGAAUGAUCUUGUCGACAGGAUUUUUAAAAAAAGGAGAGAAACGAAAAGGUAUGUCUCUAAAUGAUUUACACAGCACUUUUCACACCUCAUCUUUGAAAAAAUGCAUACUUAAUACUAUUGUACUCAAAUGUGGCAGAAUCUGUAAUCUUGAUAAAUUGAUACAUAUUUUUAGAUUAAAUCUUAUUAAACACAUCAUUAAUUUACAACAUUUAGCCUUAAUUGUAUCUCGCGAUAUGUCUAUUAAAGUUUGAAGUUUGAGAUUUCAUCUCAGGAAGGCAGGCGACAUGAUAACGAAAAGAAUUACAAACAAAAGGAGUUCUUGGUCAAUGUUUCCAACAGGCUGUACAAAAACAGAAAAAAAUAUAUGUUAAAGAGAAUAAUAAAAAGAAGAAAUGGAAAAAUAGUAAGAGUAAUGCCUUCUGCUUUUUUUUCCUCUUCAUUUGAAAUGGUAAUAAUAAAUUAAAAAUUUACUUUAUUUUCAUCAAAAUUGUAUAUCCUUCCGCUUGAGCAUCAUACAGGUUUAUCGGAAAACUUGUGGUCAUUGAGAAAUCAUUAAAAUUUAUAGAACCACAACUCAAGAGAAAAAUUUAGUCGAUCUUUAAUAUUUUUCCAAAUUAGGAAAACGGAAUUUGAAAGAGGGAAACAUCACUUUGUUUUCUUUAUGACAGCUAUGGUUUAAUGACAGCUAUGGUUUUUAGACUGUUCCCAAUUGUCAGUGAAACGCCGAAAUUCUUGCUUAAAUAAUCGAAACGAUCAUCUCUUUACUGGCUCCCAUUAAGGCCUCUUUUUAAGGGUUGUACUUACCUGUCCACCUUCAGGUGCCAAUGUAUCACUUCUUGAUGUCUCGUACCAACUUCUGUUUCCACUGACAGCAAAAAAGAAAAUGUUAUUUGCCGAAUGAUAAUCUCGAAGCAAUAGUUACGCCAAAAUUUUAUAGGCAAAUAUUUUCUAUGUUUCCCGCACAAGCGAGCAAAAACUUUGCUCAAAUACAAGUUGUUAGGAGACUAAAGACUAAAUCGUCGAAAUUUUACCAGCCCUUCUUCUCAAGUUAGCUUAUUUCCUAUUCAGUGAAGAAUCUUACUCCCGCCUUUAGUACUGAUGUCUCAUCAUGGAAUUUGCAUGUCUAACAUUUUAAUCCAAGACGAAGGAUGCGGCUGAUACAAAUCGUUACUCGAGACCCAAACAUUGCCGCAGAUAAAGGCAUUAUUCUUGGAUGACUCCUGCAAGCCUUGCAGCUUUAGAGAGGCUUUUUUCCUCUUAUUUAGCAUAGUUAAAAAAAGGUAAACAAAUUGAACAAACAGACAAACCAGCCCGUUUGAAGUUUCCUCAUUUUCGCUAAAAGAGCCCAAAGGGAGUGACUCGGUCUCUUGAAUCACUUGUUGGUAUUCCAAGAAAUUUGGGCAAAAAAACAUGAUUAAAAUGCUUAUCUAACAUUAGAAAUAUAGCUUAGCAGAGUUUUAGACAUUUCAAAUUGUCGGAAUCUAACCAUGACGGUAUAACAUCAGAAUAUUAUGCCAUUUCAAGGUAGUCAGUUCUCAGAGAGAGUGAAAAGACAAAUUAAACUGCAUUUGGUAUUGUGCAGAUUUUUGAAACCAAAACUUACUAUACAACCAAUCUUCGAUCAGAUUCUCCCUGCGAACAAAGUCUUACAGGGUUUCCUUUGUCUGUCUGCCAGUUCUCCUAAGCGAUUAAAGAAUAGACAGAUGUCACUGAACACAGGUUAUAGGGCACUGUCCAUAAUUAAUCAAAACUAUAACAAAAUUCUCGGAAGUGAUUGGCAAUCACCAGCUCGAUUUGAGGACUAAUAGGACAGUGUACGCGUCACGCUUGUAAUUGGACAGUGAAAUAGGACAGUUGAAGGGACAGCGAACACGUCAUGCUUGUGUAAGUGGACAGAACGCGUCAGGUGCGCGGGCCGUUGUCUCGCAUUUCGCCGAGUUUACUGUUGUUUUUUUUGUUAUGAAAACGUAUAACCGAUGUCUAGUUUCUUUCUCAAAUUUUGUCAUAGUUUUGAUUAAUUGGUAACAGGACUUCGUGUCGUCCAAUUCUAUCUGUAAUCAUACUCAUAAUAAACAAAUCGGACUCCUGCUUCACGGUGCGUCCGAUAUUGUUAAUCGCCCGUAUGAUUACAAACCGAAUUGUACUCUACUCGGUCCUAUUACCGUUAUAAAUAUUUCAUAGCGCAGAUCAGUUUUGAAUUUAAUAUAGUAGCUAGUAUUAAUGAUUCGAUAGACUGUCUGAACAAAACUAACUGACUUAGUAGUAAUCAGCUCAUAAAUUUUACUUGUAAUCAUGUAAAAUGGUAUUUUCUCACGUGCAAACAAACUUCUAAGUCGACACAAGACUUUAAUUGUAAGUGAAAAAAGAGCACUAGUCUUGAAUUAAAGGAAAUAAUUUUCCAGUGAGAAAAACAUUUAGAGCAAAUUAAAAAUAGCCUAUUUUUCGGUUUGGUAUACUCAUGCAGGAAACAUUUAUAGUCUGUUGGCCUUACAUUCGAUUUCUACGUUAAAAAAAAACAUCAUGAGAUAAGGAUGGAAAAAACCACCAAUUUAAGAUUAAUAUUGACAUCAUGUUCUCAGUUACGCGAAACGAUGAUGGGAAGUACUGUUUAUUUAAUUUUUGUUUUAUGCUUGUCAAUUACACGUGCACAGCUGAAAACCCUGUUAAUGUUGAUACCAUGGCGAGUGGAAGUUUAUUCAUAAAUACUUGAAAUGAACAACUCCUCUGCAAACAUACCUCAUCUAUCAGCAACAUUUCGACAUUUUCAUCUCCUGCACCGAACUCCAUUAUCAAUUGUCAGAGUUAUGACUCCUAAAUGAUCGAAAACCAGCUGCUACUGAAGAAGUAUAAUGAUGAAAUCGUUAUAAGUUCUUUAUUCCGAUUAACAGCUACUUAAAAGCUAACGCUUACAAGUGUAGUAUUUUACAAGUUACUCUAAAAAAAAUUUACGAUUUUUAAAGCAGAUUUCAGCAGUUUCCUCUUUUAUUUAUAGUCCAAGACAAAUGGUGUUUUUGACCGAAGUUUCUAAACCACGCUGCUUAAUACGCCCUAGUAAGUUUAGGAAGUCGCAAAAAAUUGGGCGAUCGCCAACAAAAUCUACAGAAAUAUCCUUUUGGAGAAUUUGGCGUAAGACCCUUUAAGUAUACAUUUUUAAAGAAUAUGAAAAUACAUGUGCAGUGGGUCGAAUAUAUCUUGUUUCUGAUUAAGUAUGAAUGUCCCAGUAUGAUAUCUUAGCAACAUGAUACAAAAACAAAGUUUUCAGAAAAGCCGACAUUGGAACGAUAACUGGCCCGCCUCAGAUAAGUAGAAGACAGAAAUAUGUCAGGAGAGUCAAGCAGAUAAUGUACUCGUUUAUCUAAGGUGGUGACAAUUAGAUUUAUUUGACAGUUGAGUCAUCAAGUUUCCUGACACCAGCUAUACUGGCCGCGAAUUAAAAUUUAACAAGAGCGGGAAAUAAGGAACUUCAAAUCGAGUUUUCUCAAGAAUAACAAGACGUGAACGAAAAUAACUACCAAGACUUUAUCUCAUUCGUUUAAGCUACCUAGCAAGAAAAAAAGUAUAAUUUUUACUUCAGUCUCCUUUUAGCUCUGUUGUUCGACAACAUUGUUAAUGAUCCUCUCAAUGGCGUAAUCUUCCUAACGGCGGAAUGUUGUUUGACCGAAAUGAUGAUUUUAUAAACACUUAAUGAUGCAAAGAUCAAUGCAAAGAUCUAAUGUAUAUCAACAUUAGUAAUGAUUUUCCCAAUGGGGUAUGCUUCCCUUUUUGGAAAUUUUCGGUUUUUCAUGUCAACUAAGCACUGCUAUUUCAUAUUAAGUUUCCAAAGAAAAGUUUCGUAAAAUAUAGUAAAACGAGCGCGAGCUAUUUACAAAAACGUAUUUUCCAACUGAAAUCUUAAGCCCAUCAAAGUGUCAAUAGUCAAUUAUAUGUAACAUGCCAUCAUAGAUGACUUCCGAUGUAUUGUUUGCGGCAAAACAUCCUGGCUCUUUGCAUUUCUUUCCUGUAAACAUCUGCACGAGCCGGGUGGCCUUUGCUAUCUGUCGUGCGUAUUAGACUAGACCGUGAAAGAAGAAAGUUAAAAAGAACAAAAGUCCUUAGGAAAGAGCUAAAAAGAAGCUAGGCUGCAUGUGAAAGAAACAACUUCAAAUCGAAAUGGCCGGCCAGCGGAUUAAACUAAGUAAUAAAAAGGUAAGUUUCUAAAGAAACUAUGGUGCAGCGUCGGUGGGAGAGUAUGGCAGGUAAUUUAGUGUUAACAACUGAGUUAAAAACGUCAAUUAGCCACCGUAAAGGGUAAAAAAGCGGACGUUUCGAGCGUUAGCCCUUCGUCAGAGCGAUUGAGGGAAUCGCUCUGACGAAGGGCUAACGCUCGAAACGUCCGCUUUUUUACCCUUUACGGUGGCUAAUUUACGUUUUCAACUCAGUUGUUAACACUAAAUUACCUGAAUUAAACUAAGGUUUGUCUGGGGAAAAAUAUGUUUCACUGAGAGUCUCCUGAGACUCCGCAGGACGCUUGCUGACUGUGGGGUCGAUCAAGAUUCCCCGCACUGCUAUGGUUCGCAUCAAUGCAAAGCUUUGCGAUCCAACUUUUUACUACGAGCUCUCUAAGACUGUGGAGUACCACAGUAUUUGGCCCCUUUGUCUUCCUGAUCUCAUAACAUACCUACCAAAUUCAUUUAAGGUAGGCUCUUCUAGAAUUUACGCUGACGCCACUAACAUCAUUUUUCGUGCUUCUGACAUACCUGAUCUUGAGACUCAAAAGGCGUGGAUUUUUGGCUAAACUACUUAACUUGACUACUAGCUUAGAGCUACUAGUUUAGAUAUCCAUGUCGCCAAAUCAGAGUUAAUGAUAAUCAACUCGAAGCAGAAAUUUCAUCGUGAAUAUGCAAUGGUUAUUAAUGUAGAAGGUGUCCGAGUAACUCAAAGAGACAAGGGCGCAUCUCUUUGGCGCAUGAUCUUCAUGACAUAACAUUGGAAGGAGAAAAGUAGAGUGGACUGUCACUGACAAGGGGCACCCUCAGAUACUUUGAGAAAGCCUAACAAACAAAACAGGAGGACAAGGGGCCUUGGUCAAAAUGGAUUAAAAUAGAUUGAAACAAGCCAAACAGAAUAUUUAUAUUUUGAUGCUGUUUGACAGCUUAAUGCAACACGUAAGUGAUUUAAUCAAUAAACUAUAAAAUCACGCUGCCUGAGACGUCACUGCUCGAGAUGUAUCAUCUUGGAGAAUUAUCUACAGGUGGUUUUCUUAACAUUGCCGGCAUCUAUACUGAAAAUUAGUAAACCAGUUUUAGGGAAUUUUCAUUUAUUUUCUAAACGAACGAUUUUUCUAACCGUGUUUUGCAAAGUCAUCAUCAUCAUCAUCAUAACUCCUGUAUCCGAGGAAUAUAGAGAAUUUACAACUAGAAUUUAUUUCGCACACAUACCUGUGAACUCACUGUUAUUUCUUGUUUACUGUAACUUCGACGUCGUUCAAAAUUAUCGUUCAACACAAGGCGGCAAAUGAGCUUUGUUACCAACAACAGGCCUAUUAUCACAGUCAUCAAUAGGUCAUGCAUCAACAAGCGUGAGAAACUCACCUACCAUUCUUAUCGGCGGAAUUUUGUUUGACCCAGAUAAUUCUUGUAUACACAAGCGUGAGAAACUCAACCAACCAUUCAGAGAGCACAUGUCAUAACACAUAAAUAUUUUUCGUUUUGAAAACAAUAAUUUACACAAUUUUUCAGUAGAAGCUCUUCAGAAAGACGUCGUCUUCAAUUGUUUACUGUGUCCGGAUGGCGCUACGCCUCAGCUUCUGCAUAACGUAAGGGGAACUAUGAUGUUCUUAGGCCACUCAAUUUUUGGUAUUUCUAUCCGACCAAUGGCCAUUGUUCGAGUGAUCAUACCAUUCAAGCACCAAGAAUCAGCAAAUCAUGUUAAUAAACAACUUAAGGACCUCAGCCUAACAGUACAGGGAACUGUCAAACACGUGUUCGUUAGCCGUAAAAUCAACCAAGACCUAAAAGUAGAGGAGAAAAAGCCACAGACUGUAAACCAGCAACGUGUUGUUUAUCGUUUUCAAUGUGACCUGUGUGAUGCAGGUUACGUGGACUACACGCGCGGACAUUUAAACGUUGGUGUGGACGCUUAUAAACAACGGUCAUCUUCUAUAUAUAAACACUAUCCCUGAAGACCUACUGGGGUGCUUCGAUGUUCUUAAGAAAUGCAAAGAUAAAUUCGAUUGCCUAGUGCACGAUAUGUUAUUGAUCAGAGAACUAAAACCAACUCUGAACGUGCAAUCCGACGAGAAUGGCGUCAUGAAGACUCCGAAACGUCGGUUCAUAUCGCUGAUUUUAUCCUUGUUUAUAUAUAUAACUUAAUAUUUCUCGAUAAUGAUUGCUUAUAGUACGUUAUAUUGAAAAGGAGGGUUAUGCAGGCGUUCCAUCAUGCUUUGCGUCAGAAGUAAUGGGUACCUGUUUGCGUCGAUUCGUUUUUAUGGCUUCUACCUCCUGUGGGGGCUAAGCCAUAAUGUUGUCCUGUUGAGUGAGUGAGGGUUACAAUAGAAUACGAACGACCUCGUCGUCCACAACGAAUUCUGCCGAGUUUUACCCUGCUUUUGUUCGAAUCGUUUCGCAUGUUACACAGAAUAUUAGCCGGUGAUCACACCGUUUUUCACUAUACUCUUGAAUCAUCUUUCUCAUGUGGAACAGGGCUCUCAUAAGUAUGUGGGAUGCGGCAGGUUUUCUGUUUUGCAUGCGAGAAAAAUCUUCUGCAAAGCUACGUUACAGCAUUAUCACACCCUCUGGUUCUUUUCAAUACUAUAAAAAUUGUAUAUUAUAUAUCAGUAGCUAUAUGCAGUCUUACCUGCCUAUUUUUUGAGAAUUGACAAAAUUCCCGGCAGAUGAACAUAUUAAUACUUAGAUUCAAGUCGGUUUAGAAUGGGAAUUUUGCGGAAACAGCGUGCACGGUAAACGAUAGGGACCUUAAACAGUCGGAUGUGACAAUGACAAGGAAGACGUCGAUACAAAUGAAAAAAUAUCUUCACACCUCAACACCUCAACUUAAACUUAACUUAUGUGAACAGGGUUAAGUUUCAAGCUUAAAUUAUUUCCUUUUCUGGGUUUCCUUCUCACAUCACGUAAAUUUUGGUGAUUUCACAUUGUUGUUUGGCAGAGGACGGCUAAGAAAGCAAAUGCUAAGUUAUCGUUCUGCUCAUUCGCUCUUUUGUUUUGCCACGUCCUCGUUGCCGUUACAGUUGUGGUUUGUUUAAGGUCCCUUAUCUCUCCCAACGAAUUAUCAUUGGAACAAUACACAACUUUUUGCUUCAAAGGAUAACAGCCUUGACAAAGUAGUGUUUGGGGUAUUUAUUCAGUCACUGCUUACAGGAAUACUGUAGACGUCUGGCUUUGCCCUUUGUUUGCGGUUGUUGCCGCACGUAUGCGCGCGCAAGGAGGAUGCCGUCUAUCAAAUUGAGGUCCAUACCGAAAAUUGCGCGCGCUUACUGCGGAAGGCAUAUCUUCUACAAGGCUAUUGAUUAUUUGAAUGGGGUAUUAAACUCGUACUUCGUCUUUUAGGAGCAGCUAGUCCGUGCUAAAUGGAGCAGAACCUUAAGCUUCAUGGAGAGCUUAUCGCACCCUGCUUAUCCUAAGGAACAGCUUUUUAAACUCAUGUCGACAGGGUUAAUUUCUUACUUUAUGCAAGUGUAGAUCAAGUAAAUUCACCCUCUUUUGCCUUAUCCAUGGGAUGUCAAACAUUUUCCCACCCUUUCCCCUAGUUCACAACAAUUCGACCAUUUUCAGUCAUUUUUCUUUGGUCAGACUUGGUGAUACAUUAUUUCUGAACACCUCUCUCAACAUUUAAAGCAGUGUGACCUCCAUGCCAAUAUUAGAUCAUAAACAAUGCUAUCACGGGAUCGUUAGGAAGCUAUCACGUGAAGAAGUUUCUACGUGGGAUAGGAAAUGAUUUGCACGCUUGUCCUGAUGAUUAUCAUGGGAUGAAAAUCAGUUAUCACCGAUAAAAAUAUCACUUUCGUGGGAUACAGAAAUAAUUAUCACGCGACAAGAAAGGAACAUCAUUCACUCAGUCGUGUCGAAUGUCAACAUGACCAAACUGCAUAAUAGUGUUUCUAGACUAUCAGGACCGUUUGAACGGGCUUUAGAGUGACAAUUUUGUGGCACAAAAUCGAGAGAAUGCUUAUUGACACUUUCCUGAGCAAAAAAUGUAAUCACAUUCAAAUAUCUUUGAAGGUUGCUUCAAUUUUCUAUUGGAGAAAAACUGAGAUUUGGUCAUUUGCUUUCAUCCGUAUUAAUUGAGUAACCCUCUUACUCUUACGACCCUCCUGUCCGGUUUUAAAACGAUCCAGACAACUGCCUGUCACACUUCUCUAAAAGUAGCCAAUCAGAAGCGAAUAUUUUCGCGCCUCAUGCGCCCCGUACUGUGUCACGGAGGUGUCACGCUAGAUAUUCAGUGCCAUGUGCCGAAGUCCGAGUUUCACAACUUUUACGGCCGUUCAACGCUCUCAUUUAGUCUACGAAGUUUCUCUAGGCAUUCAUUUCUCUGGGAAGGUAGGUUCUGAAUUUUUAAUUUGUAUGUAAGCGGCUCCUUUUAAAGGUAAAUUUUCAGGAAGCAAUCCACUCUGUUUUUAGUAGCGCGGGUGUCAGAAUUUCUGUCAGUGUAAUGAGUAGUACAUCUACUGCAUUAUUCUCUGUCGCAAUAUUAAACUUCAGUCCAGAUUUCUGCGUUUUUCAUUGAAAAUUACAUAACUGUUGAAUGAAUUUAGAAGUCAGGAUAUUCAGGAAAUUAAAGCAACGCAACAGGUUGAAUGGUUCGGCAUUGAAAACUUUGUAAUUUUGUGGUGUACCCUAAAUUACCACACAGCAUAGAAAUUUCCUCGUGAUCCUUAACUUGAAUGAAAUUUGUUGAGAAAAAGAAAUAUCCUCUCCUUUACAAUUCUAUAUCUCAUUAUGCGUGUCUAUAUCUUUAUUAUUAUAAAGUAAACAAAGGCCUAAACAAUAGGUUACCUUUGUUAUCAUGUACUAGCAAAGGUUAUAGACUGAAAACUUUCCCUUAAAAUUUCUGGGAACUUUAAAAAAGUUUUGAAUUGACUUUAUUUCAGUAAGUUGAUAUUCAGUUGAAAAUAAACAAAAGGGAAUGAACCCCAGAAACUCUGUAGUAUAUUACAGAGAGCAUACUGUGCUGAGGUCAAUUUACGAUUAAAUUUUCAGUGAACGAAACAGGCCAUCGAAUCAAAAAUUUAUCCUUUUACUAGAAACAACAUCCAGAGAGUUGCCAAAUCCUAGAAAGUACAUAGUACACUUGCUGUAAUUUAAUCCUCUACUCCUAAGAUCUAAAUUUUAAUUCUCCUCACAUUCUGCUAUACACUGCCUAUAAUUUCCUAUCAAAGAAUAUGGUAUUGAGUCACAUUUUUUAUAACCAGUUGAUUUUUAUUUUUUCUCAUCACCUUUCAACUAAAAUGUAUAUUGAUACUGUAGGGAGAAAUUCCUUUUUGGUCACCCCUUGGGGGAAAAUGUUAAUUUAUAUGUCAGUAUACAUGUAUUAUUGGAAGGAAGGUUUUCUUGCCAUGCUCCAAUCUGUACUGAGUUCUCAUGUUUAACUAAUUUUUACCAGUUCACUGUUAACUUUCAAUUUUUCUAAUCACUUCAGUUCGAUUUAACUCUCAAAUUGCUCAUGAUGUGUGUUCUAUUUUCAACCCAGCAAUCAACUUUUGAUUAUUUGCAUCCUUAUGUCUCUUUGAUGUGGCAAGUCAGCUGUUGAGUUUAGAGUAUUCAGCUACACUGGCUGAAUGGAGCAGAAGAAAAUAAAAUAGAGUGAUGAAAAUAUCAAGUGAAGAAAAGUCUGACAAAUGGGCUUUGUUUUAAAAUUAAUUGUGACAUUCUUCCCAUUGCAACAUGGUACAUUUCACCGACUUGAAAAACAUUGUUUAAUUUAAAAUUGUUUUUGUCAGAUCUUGACAAUAUUAGUGCUAUCAGAGCACCCCUUGAUUUCACAAUGGGAAGUAAAUAUUCUGUUUGGCUUGUUUCAAUCUAUUUUAAUCCAUUUUGACCAAGGCCCCUUGUCCUCCUGUUUUGUUUGUUAGGCUUUCUCAAAGUAUCUGAGGGUGCCCCUUGUCAGUGACAGUCCACUCUACUUUUCUCCUUCCAAUGUUAUGUCAUGAAAAUUGGUCUCCAAAAUUUGGUCUAGCAUCACUUACAUGUAGGUAUCUCUGUUCUAGACAUUUUCUCUUACCAUCUCCUUGAGAGGGAUUAGGAGAAUGCCAAUGCUAAAUCAUUAUGCAGUGUAUGAAACCUUUUCUCAAAAUUACAUCUGGAGAACAUCAGUUGGCAAUAGGAGGUUUUAAACUACUAAAAGGCAUGAAUAUAGUUCUUGCAAAAAUUUAGUUAACCUCUCUGAUAUUAUGAAGGAGCAGUACUCCUCAGCACACAAAAAUACUAUCAUUUAUGGUAAAUAUCUUGCAUUUUACAGUCUAGAAAUGCCCUAUUUUGCUAGAUGUGAUCAAUUUUUGUAAUUCCUUGAAAGUUAUGGUUCAUCUGUAGCCAUUUUACUCUUGUAAGUACUAACUCCAUUUUGGUAUAUAAAGAAGGAGCAGUAUUCCUCAGCUCUUUAAAAUACAUGUAUUUAUAGGAAAUUUCUUCUAGGUUUGAAACCUCCCUGUUUUGCUAGAUGCGAUCACUUUUUGUGAGCCCUUGAAAAUUAUGGUCCAUCUGGAGCCAUGUACUUUAGUCACUUAGUUAAGCAGAGAAGUGCAGAGCCCAGGUUUGAUAAUGAGCACAGCACACCUUUCAUUUUCCCAGGCCCUGAAUUAUGAUCUAAAAGAAAAAAAAGGUGGUGUUUUAACAGACUUAUGAGACAGUCACAAUACAGACAGGUAUUACUAAUGAAUUUUUAUUAGCACAGAGGAUAAAGAAGUGUCUAUAAGGUGUAACGUAAAUUUGCUAACCUUUUAAAUAGGGAUUUCAUUCUUUUUUUCUUUGAACUAGGUGGAUUGGGACUAUCAAAUACAAAUAUAAAAGAGGCUGUUGUGAAAAGAGAACAUGACAAAGUUUAAACAAUGGAGAAGGGUAAGUUUUAACACUCAUAUUUUCCACUGGUACCACUAAGAAUUUUACAAGUAAAAAUUUUUGACAAUAUAAUUGUGGUGCAGUGUUAUCCUUGGUUUCUUUCUUUUUCCUCAUUUGUUUUUGUGCAUGAUUAUUUGCAAAGAUUGGUUGGAAUAUGUGUAUAAGGAAAAUGAAAGUUUUCAUAGGAUAUUGAUCCCCAACAAAUAUACCAGCAUCCAAUAAUUAUCUUUUGAUUUAUAAAUGAAUUUUUCAACAUCCUAUGAACAGUUAAUCAUGUUAUGUGAUUAGCUGGUUUACAGUAGUCCUGAAGAGGAAAGUCAUCACUUACAGUGGCUAACUGAUGACUUUCACUGAAGUUGCCAAAUUAACAGUCUUCUAUAGGAUGGAAAUAAGAAAGCACAAUUUUUUUGAUCUAUGACACUAAAGGAGGUUCAACACAUAACUGUCCUUUUAAUUGUGAUAUGAAAUAGGUCAAAACAUAGAUGCAUGUAGUUCAAUUUGUACGUCUUUUAUGGGCUAGGAGAUCUCUAGUGAUUACCGGUAUGUUUUUGUUUACAAGAAGUGAGUGCCACAUCCAUCAGUUGGUUACAAGCUAAUGGUGGGAAUAUUUUCCUCUUCAUGACUUUUGUGCUCCCCUCCCCCCCCUUCCCUCCUCCUCAGCCCCAUGACAGUUGCAAUGAAGUAAUAUCAUGCUUUAAAAGUGGAAUUAGGAGGGCUUAAACCUGUUAUGUGAAUUUAGAUAUUUUUAAGAAUUUUCUAACAAAUUUUGUUCAAGAUACACAAGAGACACUUGCAAAUUUAGAGAGAAAUGCUGGGUCCAGUGGGUGUUUCCAUGUUUGCUCCUCCUUUCUGAGCCGCUUUUCUGCAUGCGGUACUCCAAGUUUGGAACUUUCAUUAGGCGAUUGUGAAUAGAGGUAGCCAAAGUAUGACCCUGAUCAUGUACAUGCCAAUAGUUACUGCACAUGCUGUGUAUUAGAAAAAAACCCUAAGGAUGUAAUUUUUAUUGGUUUGUUUGGAUUUCAUUAACUGAAGGCAGUACAAAAUCAUCGGCACCCCUCCAUUAACAUCAAAACAUCUCUCCUGAAAAUAAAGUAAUAUACUCUUCUGCAUCUCCUUAUCUUCUCCAACGUGCUAUGCUUUAUGUUUUUCAUCAAGAAUUCAGGGGAAAAUUCAGUUUUCUUUUUUUCUUCUCUCGGAAGUAAGUAAGGUUUUGGCUUCGUUAUAUACGUUUUUCAUUUCAUGCUGAAACUUUAUUGCAUGAGAGAUGCUGUAUUUAGUACUCAUACAGUGAUAAUACAGUGAUAAAUAUCAAUCCAUGGUCUGUCUUAUUAUACUUAGGAGUUACUUCUGCUGCUUUCAGUGAUAAGAAAAGUAAAUACUAGGAAAAUCAUAUAUUAAAUACAUUGUUACGCGUGCGAACGGUGCUAUUUACAUAGACCAUAAGAUACCAUAAUUAUUGUAUAACCUGUAACUUAUACCCAAUUCAAACCAAAGAGCAAAAACUCCAGAGCUGUUUUGUUAUACGCAAUUUAAAAGUUGCAUCCAGCACAAUGAAAAUGCAAGUUAGCGAUGAUAUAAACACUAUGUAAAAUUCAGUUUUUAGAUUUUCUGUUGGUGAUUUUUAUUGAAUUAAACCUGGUUUAACAAAAACUGUUUUGUUGGUUUUUAUGGCGUAGCAUCUAUGAUAGAAAACAUGUUUUUGUGGCUUCGGAUUUCAGGAAUGAUGUGAUAAUUGAAAAUGCGUUUGUUCAGGCAUAUUCGAUUUUCGACGCCCGAGGCGUGUAAAAAUGCUUGAGUCGUGAGGUAAUAACGAAAAUCUAUACCUUGUAGUAGACAUGCCACUUGUGCGAGAUUUGUCACAUUGUACAUUAGUGAGUGGGAGUGACCAGUCUCAUUAAAUCAACAUUUAUUUUGUAGAACCCUCACUAGAGCUCGCAGCGUCCAAUUCUUUAAUUUUCCAAAAAUUUUGUCAGAUGUUUUUGAUGUGUCACAGGAAGUGACACUGGGAAAGGAAGUUUCGCGGCACUGUUUAUUUGUUUUCUUGUAUUGAAUAAAACUUUAGUAAAAUUAGGAUUAGAAAUUUCGAGAAAUCCUUCUGUGAUGAUUCAAUUUUCAAAGACAAAUAAUGACACUAUCAAAACAAAACUAAACGCAACAAACUAUUUAUCGACAUUAGUGAAUGUGAGAGUUAUUUGCGAUGAUACGAAUGUAUAUAUAUUUCUUUCUGAAGUUCGCUUGCGAACAUGGUAAAUUAACAGUCAUACAGUAUUUAGAAUGCUUUGUAUAUUUUGCGAAACCCUACAGCUCUUAAAGAUGCGAUCAUGAUACAUUAAGAUUUAUGCAGAAUAUAACUUAGAUAUGAGUAUUGAUUUCAUUUGUUUCGGUUUGAAAUAGUUUAUUCAAAUUUUUGUCAGCGAUACAUCUCAGCAAGGAGAGUUCUUUAUGUACUUUCAUAACCAAAAUAAUUCAGUCGUGUGACUCAGGAGGGCAUAGCAUUCGGCAGUUAUGGGUGGAAAACCUUCCGUGUGCAUCCAGGUAAUUUGAAGCAUAACAAUCAGUUUAAUUUGCGUUCUUCAAAUAACUUGAGGGUUCUAAAAAUUAUGACUUCACAUCCAGACAUAAGUUUUUUUUUAACUUUCAUGCCACAGGAAUAAAAAACUGCCUGUCUUCAGGAGAUCCUCAUGUUUGAGAGAUACGAUGACAUACCUUUUCUUCUACAUAGAAAAUUAGCGCUGUGCCUUCAACCUAAAUUAGAAAACAAAGGUGCGAUUUAAAUAUCGAGCAUCGAUUGCAUUUCCUUGAAGUUCUUUCUUUUGAUGUUUUUAUGCAGUUUACCCGUAAUGUUUUGGUAAAAAAUACUUGUUCUGUUAAAAAACAUCACGUGACCGUGGCAGCUGUUCGAGUCACAUGAUUGGCAGGUGGACGAAGUAGAUGUUUACUUAGUUCUGUUUUACUGCAACAUUUUCCCCCACGUAAUAUCUGCAUGUUUUUUAAUUUUUUGCGUCUAAAUUUGAUUAUCUCUUCGUUUUACCGUUGUUAGAUUUCAUAUGUCUUCUAUUCAUUUUGUAAAGUAUAACUUUAAUUAAUUAGACUGAAGAGUUUCUACCGUUGUCUCAAUGUUGGAAUCCAUUUUGCUAAACUCAGAGCGUGGGCGUUGAUGGCAAUGUUUUCCAUUUAAUUUGACAGUUGAAAUCAUCCAAGUGAAUGCAAAUGUGCCUUAUUUAUUGGUCCGAAAGCUUGUGUCAUCAUAUCAUCAUUCCAGCGAGGUGUGUUUCAUUCCCUAGUUACUCGAUAAUAAAAGCGGCGUGAAAGAUCCUCGCUUUCGCCAACUAUGAAUUCUUCGCCGAAAUAUAUUUCAGAUGAAAUUUUCGAGUUCAAAAAACAGGAAAAUCCUCGCUACCACAACGAUGUCAACACCAACAGCAACCUGAAGCAAAGUUUAACCGUCGGUACCUCUCCAUACCGUACAAUUUUUUUUUUCGCAAAGUCGUGAUUCUCUCGAAUCGAACGGAAGUGUUUACGAAGCUGUGUCGAUCGGAGAGACCAGUUUUGGCGGGAGUUUCGGUCACGAUGAAACGGAUGGCAGUAUUUUUGGCGGGAAGUCUCAUUCCUUUGCGGCUGACGAUGCCCAGGUGGUUCCUAAUUUCAAUGACAUUUUAGAAACAAUUCAUGUUGACUUGGAUGAAAGUAAUACUCGAUCCCACGUACAGUUUAUCACCGAAUUCGAAUCUCCCACUGAUACUUGUGGUCUUCAACGUAGAAACUUUGACAGAUCGCUUCUGAAAAGGAGGAACUCUGAGCGUGACGAAUUGGAGAUUUAUUUUCCCUGUGUUCUAACACCGAUCCCCGUUGAUCGUCUGUAUAGCACUCUUGUUGACGAUUCGACGGUAUUCAAGUUUCCAACAAGUUCGGAUGAAUUCUUACCCGAGCAUAGAGACAGUGGUGGCUUGGUAACUCAAGCACAAAGUUUCAGUCAUUCUGUUCCCAUGUCAGAAAGCAAGAAUACUUUAGAAUCGUUUGGGAAUUUUAACGUGUUCUUAAAACCAAACGGUAGUCAUGAACAGUUUGACCCAUCUGCUAAUAUGUUUGAGCUACCUACGGCGACUUUCAGGAUGAAAAAUCUUCCUGAUUCGUGUAAUUUGAUCCAGGAGAAAGAUUACUAUUUGGGGAGAGGAGAUUUCUGUCACGAAGGUAAUGGAUCACCACAUGUGGUUGAUAAGAAUACGCCGGUAUCACUGUCCGUCACUGGUGCAGAAAAUAACCACAAUCUUCAGAAGUCCCUAAAAAACACUUUUUUCUUGGAGGCGGUGAAUACAGUAGAUCGAAAUUACAUUUCGAAGGCUUCGAUGUCUCUUUCAGGGUGUCCAACCUUUUGUGAAACCUUACCAUUUCAGUUAAACUCUUCCAAGCUCAUCGAAAGCGUCACCAAAUUCCCGCCGACCUUGGGAGAGAAUACAGAUCAUUCUCUUAGUCGCAUUUUGCCAGAAGAAUGCUUUACAAACAGUUUUUUUGAUCACAACCCUGCAAAAGAACUUCCCUCGAAGAAGCAGUUACAAGUUAAAGGCAGCGACGAAGCUCUUCAACUUGCUCGUGCAGAGACUUUGAUUGUUAGCGAUGGAGUAUUUUCCAAACUGGACUCAAGUCUAUGCAGCGUGCAGGAUGACUUAUGGAAAAGCACGCAGAGACGAGAACGGGAACUGCAGCGUAAUCCAAAGAAAACUAACAUUGAAAUAAAGACAACUGCCUCUCCGAAUGCUAACCGUUCGGCGUUUUUAUGGGAAAUAGUGAAAGACCGAAGGAUAGCCACAAAUCGAAGCGUUUAAAAAGAAAGGUAACCUUGAGGGAGAAACACGGGACCUUCACAACGAUAUGGAAAAACAGCGAAGAACUAAUAUGAAAACACGCUUUCAAAAUCUUCGCCUGACCUUGCCUGAAUUGAAAGACAAAGAGAAAGCUUUGAAAAUUGUCAUAUUGCAGAAGGCAUUCCAGUACAUUGUCCUGUUAGAACAGGAAUCGAUAGAGCUAGAAAACAGAAAAAAGAGCCGAAAGGCAAAGAAAUAUAGAUCUUUUGGAAAAACUACAAAAAAAUAACUUCAGGAGAUUAGUUGACGAAAAAUGUGUGAGGAUAAUUUGAUUUAACGUUUGACUUAAUAUCCAUUGUACUUUAUUGUAAACUUGAAAACAUUGAGCAGUUUGAUUGUUACUAGAAUGUUGUCAUCUCCCUCACCAUUUUGCUGAAAAAAAUGAUGAUUUUAAAAUAAUACGUCAGUCUACUUGAUCGCUUUAUUCGUGACUACUUUUUACAUUAUAUCCGUUCGCAAAGAUGUCGCUUUUCCUACGUCAUUUUUUUUCUUUUUUUUUUUUCCUUUUAAUUGUACAUUAAUUCAACCAAGUCUCAUCGGUUAUGAGUUUCCACUCAAAGCAGAAAUAUAAUAUAGCGUCAAGCACAUCAGUGAUGAGAAUAUAAAGAGGUGCUCCAAAGGGGAAAUUAUGUGAUUUAAUUACCAAUUCUCCUAACUACCAUUCCAAGGAUACGUAUCAUGAUCGCUUAGGAGAAGUUCUGUCCUAUGGCGAUGUCCAUGGUGUUUAAGUCUCAUGUAAGUCAACAUUUAGUUUUUUCCUCCCUAAAACCUAAAGUUUUUGCUUGUCGUUGGAAGUUGUAUUGCCAAGGCCUACUCUACUGAAAUUGUGAACUAACAAAAAGGAAGUAAAAGUUGUUGAGGCAAAAUAAAAAAGAAGUGAUUAAUUUUCACCUGUCGUGUUGAUCCCUGGUGAGUACCAAGGCUGUGUUGUUUUUAUUUCCCUUGAUUUGUCAAAAUAUUACUAUUGUACAUAGUAUCAUUUAUCUACAGUGUCCGACUAUUAUCGUUUUUUUGGAAAAUAAUGCCAGUGUUCGAUUUGUAACCUUGAAAAGGCAUUGCAUUCUGAUCUCUUAACGCUCAUUUCGUGCGAAGAUUGUCCCGCUUAAAACAUGUUAUUUAAUCCAUAUGGUGUCUACCAGGAUCUAAAGGUUAUCGAGGUAUUGGUCACAACCAGCAUUUUCUUUAUUAUGACGUAAGGAACUAGUAAAGAGGUGAAGAAGUGAUUAUCAUGUCGCAACUUUGUACAAGAUCUUUUCGCAUAACAUACGAGAAGUCUCAAAAACUAAAGGAAAUGUAUAAUUAUUUUCAAAUUUUAUAUAUGUUUUUUUAUUUAAGUCUUGCCUGACCUAGCUUUUUCUCAGUGAACGAAGCAAAACUGGGAAAAAUAUUUUCAGUCGUGUGUUUGUACCAAAAGAGAUAGAGAAGCCUAAUCAACCUUCGAAUGAAAUAUUUACAUCGUUAAGUUAGCGCCUAUCUCGCGCUUGGAUGUCAAAGGCAAACUUCACGCACAGGUCAAUUAAUUGACGCCAGGUUACCAGGAAACCACGCUGUUUGCCGCCCUUUUGGAGAAGCAAGUUGCCGUGAGAGCUCAAUUAACCAUGAGAAGCACGCUUCAGGCGGGUCUCUGAGCGAUUAUAGGGAUUAGAGAUGUCCAGUGCGACAAAGUAACACCAGAUUACAAGCAAUCUUAGCCCUGGUGCCGGGCAUAAUCAAAUGGAACAUUAUUGUUUUUCAAUCUUUUUUUCUCCUGGCUUGUACACCCACGUUGAUGGUUCUCAAUGAGGCGAUCGAUGCCUUCAACGCCCGCACGAAUUUUUUAUAACUAAACAGAUUUGUAACAACUGAAGAUGAUGUUUUUAAAAAAGGUCAUGUACGUAUUCAGGGAAUUCUUUUUACAGAAAGACCACAUAAAUUCUUCUCAAAUCUUAAUAUUGACCAGAGGUAAUUGGAACAUAGAACAGCUCUGGAGCUACCUUUGUGAUAUUUACCUAAAAUAACCAUUUGUAAUUUUAACUGGAGAAGUCUCUUGGCGCAGUUUUUAGUUCUACGUCCGGGGCAAAUUUAUGGUUAUUGUCACUUUAAUUGUUUUUUAACUGGUUUAUGUCAUCUGAAUAUAAUUUUCAUAUCCCAGAGUCAACAGCCUGGUUUCGAGAAGCAAUACCCUCUCUUGUCAGUAUUAAUUGUCGUGUCACAAGUUCGAGUUUUUUUUUCUACCUAAUUUGAUAACAGAAUCUGUUAAGAUGUACUUGUGCCCAAUAGUCACAGGGCUCUUUAUCAUUGUCAUGAAAAUCGAAGUUUCCAUGUUGAGAUGAAUUGUCUAGAGUAUCCCGUCUGCCCUAGUGAAACCGCCAGCGAGGACGCGUGAGAGAGCUGAAUAUUCCGUAACUCCUUUUUGGUUUUUAUGAGCUAUUUUAUGUCCUCUUUUUUUUUUUUUUUUUUUUUCCUCAACAUCUUGAGGUUUAAUAUCCACUUUCUUUCCUUUCCAAUAGUACCCUUUCCUUAAUGUUUUCUUCAUCCACCAUCUCAGGCUUUUUUUUCUUUUUAUUCCGCAUUCUUUAGCCAUAAUGGGGCACGCAUCCCUGACAGAUGAAAUUUCAUUACGGCUAUGGGUGACACUAAAAAUCUCUUAUAGCAUUGGGGAAAAAAAAGCAAUGGCUCCUUUUUUUGUUUCGUUUCACCAUCAGUUAAUAAAAAGUUCGGUUUGAUGGAACUCUACUUUCGAUUUGGGAAAGUUCGAAAUAUGAUCUCGAAAGCCCUACGUGUUAUUCCCUUAUGGCAUGUAUAACAAAAAAUGCUUUCUGCUCGCUUCAAUGGUAUAUUCCAUGUGGUCUAAAUUUAGCGAGGGAAGGUAUUUAAAACCGUUUUGCAUUUAAAUGUAAGUGAAAGGGUGCUCUUUGUUCAUUAUUUCGACAUGCAUUGUGUUCUUAAUCUGAGAUGUAUGAGCCAUUACAGGAUUUUCACUGCUUUGUGACAAAGGUAGUACCGUAUGCCGCAUAAGAAUAUAAAAUGAAAACAACUCGUGUGGUGUCAAAGUUACCAUAAAAGUGACGGAAUUUACAUUUUAAACCAAUAAAGGGAAAAAAAUGCCCCAGACUGGUGAUCUCUUAUUGUGGAAAGUAUUUCACCGGUUGAAUUACAUGGGGAAGUUAGUGAACUAACAAGAAUGCAUUAAAAGAUCCAGUGUUUUUUCGGCAAGCGUAAAAUUGGUAUGAUAAAUGGGUCUGAUGUCAAUUGUGUGAUGACCUGUCUCAAAACAGUGUCAUUGAACACAAGAACCAACUUCGAGUUCGAACUCCUCACUAAGAUUACAACUAAGCUAAUUCCAGUCAAAUAAUUUUAUCAGUUCUCAUUUCGCCUCAAGCAUUAGUGUCCGAUUUUUCGUACAUUUCAACUUUACACGGGUUUGCUUUUCAUGAAACCAGAGUAAUCAGUGUUUAUUUUGUAGCUUCCACCGGUCAGAUUUUGUAGUGGGCGGGAAUUACAACAUGUUUCGUCUAUUUCGCACUCUUAUGUGGGGUGCCCGCUGUAAAUGGAACUUGCCAAAGGUGUUGAAAACCAAUCGAAUUAGUCAGCUAACUCUUCUGACGUCAAUUAUUUGAGAUUUUCAUCGUGCGUUUUUGCAUGUGUUAGAAUGCAGAUUGAAGGAUAUUGACUCGCAGGAUCCGUUCUUCUGAAAGUAAUUUACAUUUGUCUGGUUCAAAAUCCCCUGCAGUUUUGACUGUGCCUUGACAUUUUGGCGAGGAAGUAUGAAUUUUUGUUAGUUAAUCGAGCCCUAAGGAGAUAAGAAGUUUACUCUUUUGUCAAAAGUUGUUGAUUUUCAACCUUUUAAGUGCGAUACAAAUACAUAUUAACAAACGGGGCCGAUAUCAAUCUACAUUAAGGCGGGCGAUGUUGGAUCACUACCUGACAGAAAUGCCUGCUUAAUCCUUGGAUUCCUUUACCAGAGAUUUUGCUUAAGUAUUUUGUCAAAGAUUGCUCUCAUUGUUUUUGUGUGUGUGUGUUCUUUAUGUGUCCACUGCUGGUGACCAGUGUUAUAUCCUUCCGACACCUGCGCCUCCCACCUCUUCACCAACAAAAGAAACACGAUUUGUGGAAAGGUGUCUGUGAAGGAUUGGAGCAGUCAGAGGCGAUCAGCCUCCGAUUAAAUGCUUUCGACUCUAAUCUAGCUGAAACAACCGCGUUUAUUCUUCUUCCGAUGACUUCUAAGUGUAUCGCUUUGUUCAGGAAAUUCUAUUUUAUGAAAGGUCUCUCGUAUGAUGGAAGAAGGUUCAUAUUUUGCUAUUUCUUUUAAGGUAGCACUCGUAGCUGGUUGUCAAUUGCAAAUGAUGAACCGAGCGCCUGUGACGUUCAGGAACGGCGAUUCAGCCUGACAGGUCGCUCUAUAAACACGCGUUUGUCAAAUGUUAAGAGUUGUAAUUAAACUCCGGUCAACGGCGACGUUAACGCCAACAAAGAAACUGGUGCCACCUUCAUUAUGCAACAUUACAGCGUGCCUUUCUAAAUGCUCGCCGUUCCCUCGUGUUUUGAUUGGAAAUCGUUGCCACCAGUUAAGCGAAUCUAGAGUUUCAGCCGUCUUUAAGAAGUAAGAUUUUAACCAGCAAAGUAAUUUUUGCACUUCACAUUGCAGCAUUGUUUGAUCUGUUUCCCUGCAGGACUUUGCAACUGCACGGAAAUUGUGCCUGUGUGUCGGAACGUGCACUGUCAUUUAAGGUUCAUUUAAAUGGCUUUUGUGACCAGGUGGGUUGGCCAUCUGAGUUUUAUUUGAAUUUGUAUUGUUUACCUGUGGGUCUUUUAAAUACACGUGCGUCCGUUAAACCUUCAUUCAUUUGUAACACACCGUGCAUCGGGUUGAGAACACUCGAAUGCAUCCUCUUAUCUCAAGCCGUACGAUGAUGAAUCGUUCUCAACUCAAUCUUUCACCUUGUUCUUCACCACUUGCCUCGUUUAAAGACAAGUUUGAAUUCCCAGCCCCUUCAGACCUUUGGCCCUCAUUUUCGUUCCCAACGCCACCGACUUCGCCGGUCGAAUUCUGCAGCAACUGUCAAGAGGUUACGAAAGAGAUGCGCUGGCACGCCGCCUCGGGUCCAUGGGGAGAACUGAGGGAAAUCUCGGACGAAGAAAUCGAAGUGGACGAUGUCCCAUUCGAAAUUGCGCGGCAAUUUUGCGGAAUGCGCGCCGAAUCUCCCGCCAUUCUCAAUGACAUAAUGUGGAGCGGAGAUCGAGUCAGGAGGCCAGAUUCUACCACCGAUUUCGAAGCUCGAUUCAGUUUGUCGUCAACUCCGACAUGCUUUGAUCAACCGAUUAGCCAUACAUUUGUCGAGCCGGAAGAGCUGUUCUCAUUCUCGUUGCUAAGCCACUGCGGUGAUCAAGACGUUGGUAUGUUGGACAGACUCGCAAACGGUGAUGCUGCCUUCAAUAUUCCAUCAAAGGACCUUCCAUCCGAAACAGGUAUUUAUUUUGCACAAAAUAUUUACUCAUCGUCCUUUUGUCUCUUAAAAGAAAAAGAACAGAGAAUAAAAAUCUUGAGCCAAAGUAAAUCUGGAAAGACACCGUGUUGCUCGAAAACGUGAAAUGUCUCUUCGCCAAUUUGUUGUUGUUAUUUUUGCCUGUUUGCUUCGUUCUAUUAUAUUGGCUUUACAGUGUUCUAUGUCACGUGCCCAGCAGAGUUUUGAUUUCAUUUAUUUUGAUUUCCCUUUCUAAAAUAUACAUGCGUGGUAACUACUAAUCCGUGUUUGUUUAGGACAACAAAGUAAACAUUAAGACAAUUGCCUGGAUUUUACAAAAAUAAUCAGCUUCUCUCUGAUCCAAAGCAGAAGGUUAAGCCAUUGACCCGCGAGCUCAAGAAAGUUGUUUGUUUUUACUUUCCUCUGAAAAAAUUUAUUCGACCUCUGUCUUUCGACAGCAGUGUUUCUGACUGAGCUGUGUUCUUAAAUAUCGGAAAUAUUGUUUUGGUUAAAGAACAUCAUUUAGUUGUCGAAUAUUGUUUUUUACAGUCAAUUUGCACGCCGCUUUACUCGAAAUAUGUUUUCCUGUUUCCACACAAGGUGUUUCCUUAUCAUGAUAAAGAAUUCAUGAAUUUGUCUCAAUUUUUUUAAUUGUGAUCCUAAACGACGUGAAAAUUUCACUCAAGACACAACUCUCAGUCUUUCUUGACAGUUGUUGUGUAGUGAAAAAUGCAGUAGUAAAAUUGGAAAGUGUUAAAUAGAAGUGUUAUCUCUAUAGGAUAGGCUUGUUCUCUACUUCAUGUACUCGAAUUUAAACAUGUACGUCACUGUUGAAUAUAGUCCAAUAUUAACUUGCAGCGUGCUGCAAUCAAAUUGAGAUCAGAUAAUCUUCUUUAAGAAAGGGAAAGAUAUACGAACUAAACCAAAUAUGAAAAAAAAUAUUUUCGUCUUUUCACUGGUGGGAUACCAAAGAUUCUCAAACAAAAGAUUGAACAUGUUGAAAAAUACAUAAAUCUAACUACGAGACUUCUGUUAAACGGUUUUGCCCAAAAUCGUAUUCCCUGUUUUUCUCUUUGAUAUCUCUUUAAUUUUUGUUCAACUGCCUUUCUCCUUUUGUGAUACAGAGGAAGAUGAAAUCGACGUUGUAAGUGUCACAGUAGACAAAACAAAGGAAGAAGUCGUCACCACCCGUCUAAGUCCAGACACCACCGAGCAGGAAGACAGAUCGAUGAACACCCCGCCAAAACAGCGCUGGACUAAAGGAAAAAACGAAGAAUCAUCCGAGCCGGGAAACGAAGAUGGAAAUGGACGUAUUUCUCACAAUGAUUUGGAAAGGAAGCGACGCAACGAUCUACGGAAUCGUUUCCAGUGUCUUCGAAGAAGCAUCCCAUCAUUAGAAGAGAGCGAACGCGCAGCUAAGAUAACAAUUUUGAGGAGAGCAUCGGAAUUUAUACCUUUACUUCAAAAGGAGGAGGAGAAAUUACUGGCGCUUAAAGCGGAAGAAAAGAAACGAAAUGCUGCCCUUUUGAACACUCUCAUGAAACUUACAAAAAACAAGAGAAGGUGAACGCAAUUUGCGCCCUGAGGCAUUUAGGUGUGGUUUUCGGAUUUCCUCUUUCGCGUUCACACUUCACUAACACAUAUAUCUUCAUACUUGAUCUUCAUACUAAUACUUUUCUAAACCAUAAUUAUUUUGAUAUGGAUUUUUUCUUGUGUACGCACAAAUACUUUUCAUUGUUAGUCGUUUUUACCUCGUGCAGAAAUUUUUGUCAGCAGUGUUCACGGGCUCGUGUUGUUUUGUGGUUAAUUCACGUUAUCAAUCAAAAAACGCAAGGGAAGUACUUGAAUGUAACUAAAAGUUCUCUUUUCGUUGACCUAAUAUUUAUAAGAAACUUGAUAAAAAAGACAGAAGAACUGAAUAAAGGAAAUAAACAAAGCAAACAAACAAACAAUAAAAAAUAGCACAUAAUGGUACGAACAACAGCAAAUAGGCUGCUGAAAUGUGUAAAGCAGCUCGAGCGCUCCUCAAGAUUCUCCCAAAAUAUUUCUCUGUGAAAUAUGCAUAAUCACAAUGAACAACCUGUGGUGCUGUAGAUUCUCAGUGGUACCUCAGUUAGUUGAUGGUAACCUAGCUUGUCUUACUUUUGAUAUGAUCUUUCCUGAACGCGUGUUUACUUCAUCUAUCCUCGUUGUCAGUUCAGUUGUCUUAAUGGUGUUGUGUGAACAGAUUUUAGAAGUAUUUUUCUCGCUAUCUCUCGCACUUUGGACGUCGAAGGAAAUAAAUUCAACGUAACUUUAGUGUUCGGCAUAUCAUAGCCCACGCCAUGAUAAACCCUCUCUUUUCUCUCUUCUUCUUUACAUAAUUUACCCCACAUUCCACCCUUCUUACCUACGAACAAAGUAUCAUUGAGCACAGGCACACCAAUUUGCCUUGGGUAAAGUAAAUUCAGAGAAAUUUGUGGGAAUAUUCAAAAUUCUUUAAAGUUCAAAAUAAAAGUUUGGGAAUUUUUUAAUUUUAAGCAAAUUACGCAUGUUUAUCAAAUUUAGGGAAAGAUCAGAAAUGUUUGCUAAGAAGAGGGUUGAGAUAAAAAUUUUCAGCUCGGGGUUCGUUGGAACUACCGUCAAAUUUAUAAUUUAGUUGUCUAUAAUUGUUUUUCCAUUUGCUCGACAUUGAUUGAUGCUGGUUAUAUGAUAGAGCCUUGUUCACUCCAGCUGUUCUGGUUUGAAAUUUUACGACGUCUAUACCAUGGCUCGAACGAUCCUAUCCAAAGCAAUGUUUAUGUCUCGUUUUACCUACGCCAGUGUUAAUUCACGCUAUGCUUUGCUUUGCUUUUUAGACAGAAUUUAGUCAUAUCCUGUGAUGUUUUUUUUUUUUUUUUUUUUUAUGUAUAAAAUUUGUCCAAACAGAUCACACAAACGUUACACUUUAAAAAAGACUCCAGACGUACAUGCAGUCAUAAGCUACUAGUAAAAACCAACUUGUUUACUAAAUAUCUCAUAAAUCUGCCGUUUUGCAGGAAAACACGCCUUUAAGCAAAAGAACACAAAAAAGGAAGAAAUAAUAACUGAAAACACCACGAACUCCCCUCCUGUUCGAGUUAAAUGGUGAUAUCGCACAGCUCUGGGUAUGUGGGGAGAGAGGGGGCAGAGGCUUACUCUUUCACUGUUUACAAUUCGUUUCGUGGUAACUUGCAGAUUAAACAUCAACGAAACAUGCGAACAUUCAAUCGGAGAAUUCCACAACUGUUCCAUUUUUUUUGUUCAGUCGUGAAAACAAAUUAGAAUAGGUAUUGAACUGCAUUUAUUUGCCUAGUUUGGAAUGGGAAAUUUUUUAAAAAAGCCAUAGAUUCAGAGAUUCCCAGGGGUUUUUACAAAUCGAUAAAGGGUCCUGCUAAAUUUCUUAAUUAAAGUUUAAUUCAGAUUUGAAAGUAAGUCAGUUCCGCUUUGUACUGAGGAGAUAUUUGGUUGUAGAGUUGUUGGUUGGUAAUAACUGAUCAUGAUUUGCAUAACGCGCUUUUAAUGCGUGUUAAUCGUAAAACGCAUAAAGCGAAAAAAUACCCCAAGAAAUUCAUUAAUUCAGUUUCCCAAACAGUUAUCACUGGCACUUCGUUGAAAACACCUUCAUGUACUUCCUCACCCAAGGUUUAACAAAAUUUGUCCGACUUUCGUUAAUCUCAAGUCUUAAAUCCUUAGUAGGAGCGAAGAGAAAGAAAGUCUUUCACUAUUUCACAAGAAAUAUUUAUGUAUUUAGGCAGUUCGCACAACAGUAAACAAAUCUUUUCAGGUUUCUCUCCUGAGUCAUGUGGCGUUUACCUAGUCAUCGACCCUGUGACGUCAUGUGCACGUGCCUCACACACCAGUGUGGUGCUUUCCGCGUAAACCAGAGUUGUUUUUCAUUUUAGUUGUCACGUUAUAUCAAUUAUGUAUCAGUCUUUCUAUCUUUAGGUGCUGGUACCCGUUAUGCAAGUUUUAAGCAGAUUAAAAUUUUUGUACUAAUUGCCCGUCUAUGCUUCACGAAGAAAUUGUUUUUAGUGCUUUAUUUAAAUAUUAACAUGUCGUGAUAUUCCGUUUAGCGCAGUUAGUACGGGUUGGUUUUCCCUUUUUUGAGUUUAAAAAAUUGCUAUCGUUACUGAUCAUUUCUUGUUAUUUGUUGCUUUCAUAAUAUCCCAUUGAAAUGAACUGUUUAAGAAAUCCUUUCAUCAGGUAUCAUCCCACGUUUGUUGUUGUUUCAAGAGCCAAACAAGGCAAAAUAAAAUUAAACUUAAUUUGUGAUUUCCAACAACACCGGUUAUGAACAAAUAAAUAGAGUAAGGAUAUUAAUUAAAAUCGAUGUACAAAAUGAAUUUUAUCGUAAGUUCUAGUUCUACUAAGCCGUAAUGAAAUUACGAAAAGACGUGUGUAUAAACAAUGCGACCGUAAAAGCUGACGAACAAAAUGUGUAGGAGGUGGCAAAUUUUUUUGCUGGUGGAAAAAGAAAUGGCUGCUAAAAGUACACUUCCUUUGUUUUUCGGCUCGUCCUCUUUGACUCAAGUGUUAUGACGCCGUAACGAGCUUUUAAACUUCAGCUUACAACCUGUGCAAUUUUGUUAUGAACUCUAUUAAUUUCUGUUCUUUUCAAAAUUUGUUUUUAUUUAGAAUCAGUGUCGACUUUAGAGACCUCUUGUUUCUUUUCACUCAUGUCGUUGACCUUCCAAAAAAUUGUUUUUAUAAACCAUUGCAAGAUUAAGUGUCACUUUGCAACCGGCCAAAACAUAUCUUUUAUUUUACUUCCAAGGAUAACAAUUUUCUCUGAGAUGAAGAAUACCUGUCAACUUACUGUCUUGUGUUGUAAAGGUGUAAAUGGUAAGGAGUGUGUUUCCUUUGUUUGUUUGUUUCUUCUUCUUUUUUUGUAAAAGAAUUUGAAAAUCCAGUAAUUCAUAAUUCUAUGCAUUCUCAUGUGUUUUAACAUUCGUGCUACACAAACAUUUUACAUCUGCCCGAAGUAAGGCUUAAAAUGGCUAUGUGUAGACACGGUUGUUCGUAUGAUGUUAACUCGCUUCAAUAUCAAAAUCAGUUUUUGGUGUGUGUUGGUUUGUAUAGCAGUUUUAAUUAAUGUUGACAGUAAUCUUGAAAUGCGUUAUUUUUCCUUCGUUAUGCUCAGUGAUUGAUGAGAAAAUAUUGCCUCGAAUGCGCAACCAGUCAAAUGCAAACUUCGCACAAAUAGCGUUUUCCUGCGCUCGAAGCCAAUCACCAGCCAUUACUUUGAUUUCUUGGCUUCUUUUUGGAGUUUUUUUCGUCUUCUUUUUUGGCCGUUGUAAUUUCUUUUAAGCAUGGUUUUCGGCGCUCGAUUGAAAAGGUUUCUGAGGUUUUAACUAGUGAUGUAUUCAUUUUGGCUCUCGAACUUUAAGAAUGUAUUCUUUGUUGUUCAAUAUCUCUCUUAAAUUUUGAAGACCAAAGACCCUUACGACUGCAUUGAUUGGUGAAAGGAAGCCAAUAUUUUAUUCCGAUAGAGUAUUUGGGUUUUCCUAUUAGGUAGCGCACAUUACGAGUUAAGCCUGAGACUGUUUUUACUCCUCAAUUACCUCUACAUACGGCUGAAUCCAGAGGCGUAAUAGGACUUAAAAUUCAGGCUCGCACUCGGAGCUGCACGCACAUUUCCAUUUGAUAGUUGUUAAUACAAGUGGAUGGUAUAAAAUGAGACAAAAGGAACGUAACACACUGCUCUCUUAAGAAGUGGUUGUUAUUGAGUUUGAGAAAUGAAUAUUAACAGGAUAAGCAGGAAUGGUGCGGUUAUGAACUGGAGAAAAUGAAUCAAAAUUGAGUUAAGUUUACCAUACGGGUUAUAUUCCAGGGCUUUGCCUUGGUUUCUCUGUGUUUUCUUCUGUUUCAUAUGCAAAAUAAUGCAUGGAGACUCUCCCAAUUGAACCUGGUAUUUUAAAAGGUAUCCAGUGGUUUAUUAUCCACGGUCGUCUCGUAACCUUUGUCUUGUGCCAGUGUCUGAGAAUUUGUCGCCAUCAGUAAAAGCACUCAAUGCUUUGCUUUGUGUCCGGUCUUGUUUUGUUUUUUUGUUGUUUUUUACGUGACGAAACCACGAGGGAUUUGACACUUCUUAGUGGUUUACUUGGCUUAAUGACAAAUACACUGGAGGUGAGAAAAUCGUCAAUCGAAUAUACCUUUUGAUGAGGUUACGUUUGACAAAGGCAAGACUGCUAUCAUCUCACUUUGAGGUUUAUAAAUUUCUUAUGGUUUGUACGUAAAGCGCGUCACAGUUCUUAUUUAGUUUGAACCGCUACAAAUCUACUGUAAGAAUUUCUGUCGUAGAGUUGUGAAGUAAUCGAUAAGUAUUUCGCUUUUUUUUUUUCCAGAUUUCUACUUUUCCUCAUAGUAGUAAUAUUUUUGUCUUAAACAUAAAGUGUCAAAAUUCUAACCAUCUCCAUCGUAAAAUAUUCUAAGGAACAUGUGUGAAGUAAGAGUAAUAUGAGUAAUCUUCACCACUGUGUCAAAAAUUUGUUUUAGGAAAAAAAAAAUAUCUUGUGGGACUUUGACCGAAAUUGACUACUUCGUGUCCCGAGUUGUAAUGCAGUCAAAUGUUGUGUUCCUUAAAAAGGUAGCCCUCACAAGAAAUAAAUGGUUUUGAUCAAAACCGGAUAGAAGAGGGCAAUAUCAUCCCGUGAGUUUUGCACAAACAGACAAAAAUGCUAUGUUAAAAAAAAGAAAACAUUAACUAUCAGCAAGCACAUCACGAACAAAGAGGUUCUUUUUUUUAUUUUAAACUGGUCGUAGAAGAAGUGAGAAAUGAUCAUUAAUGAAUUAAAUUUCUUGAAUCGCUAUUUGAAGAAAGAAUUGGCGGCUUGUUGUUCACCAUGUCAUGAAAAUAAAAUUUUCAACAAGAUCAUUCGAUUUUGGAAAAAUCGUGAGAACAACUAUAUUACAGUUGCGAAAUAUGAACCAAUAACCUGUUACUAGCUUUUGUUUUCUCACAGCCUCCUAUUUUCAAUGAAGCCACCCGAUCAAUGGUUUUUGGAAACUGGUAUAUUUACAGCUUUGAUGAAAAAGAAAUUCAAUCAACAACCUAUUAUUGAAUGAUAGAUUGUUGCUUGAAUUUUUUCUAACAUGGGACUGGAUACCGUGAAGUGAAGCUUUUAAAGAUUAAAACUUAACGAUUUUUCAGUCUCAAGACGUGCUAAAAGUAUAAAAAGAUCGAGUAAGUGUCUUUUUUUACUUUCUUCGAAGAUAAUUAUGUCAAGCACUAUUUCCAUUUUUCAGUGUCUAACACAGCAGGAGUGAAGACAUUAUAUUGUCUGAACUCAAGCGAACCUCGAUAAACAAGCAUUGACAAAUCUUGAAGUUAAAGAUGAAUCUUCCUGAGGUCUUACGAACGCAUUUUCAUGAAAAAAACAUAACUGCACGCGGUAGGAUUUUCUAUGGAUAAAUUUCCUAUUGCUUUUUCAGCUUGAAGGCGAUUAGCAUGCUCUCUUGUUGCUUAAAAUUGCUGUCUGUCCACGUGGAAAAGAUUUUUGGGAAUUCUAAAAUUACGGUGGAUGAGUCUAGUAGCUCCUUACAGAAAGGAACUUCUACACGAUUAUUUAUUGAUUGAAAUAUUUGAAAAGAGAGUAUACGAGGAGACACGACAGACGUCAAUCAAUAGUAGAACUCGAUUUUAAUUGUACAUGUACAUAGAGUCCCCCCUUCCACUAGCUCCAAAGAUUUCAAUAUCAGUUCUCUUUAUUGUUAGCCGCACAUUUCUUUUAAUUUUAGCCUUGAGAAUCUAAAAGCUAAAUCAAGUGAUAAUCUUAAGAUGAUGUUUCUAUUUCUUCUCGCCACCUUUCAGCUCGACCAUGUACAGUUAUAGAGUGAAAUUACUCAUCGGUCAGUCUGUAGAGUAAAGGGUAAACAGAUAUUGGAAGAUUGGAAAGAAUGUUACGAAGCUCUUUGUUCGUUGAAAAUCUUCGAUCGAUGGAGCUGACGUAGAAUUCAAAGAGUUCCUGGCAUGUCCUGCAUAUUCCACCUGCUUAACAACUAACCAUUGCUGGUUUGAAUCCCCGAAAAGUUGAAUGUCAGUAUUACUUCCUCACUGAAAGUUAAUCGGAAGUUUAUCUGCAAGUACUUUUAAGCUUACCAGAAUGUUGUACCGGAGGUGAGAUUACAAUGUAGUAAGCGUGGCCUACAAAACCUCAAACGCCGGCCCAUUCCUUAAAAGAUGUAAUCAUGUACAUUAUUUAGAAGGCAAUGCUAUGCUUUUUCGCCUCUCUCAUUUUAACACAUGGUACACGAAAGGCCCUAGAGAGGGUUUUGUGCUUUUAUUUCCUUAACUCCCACCAAAAUCAACUUUCUUAAUGCUAAGGUGUUUAGAAUACACAGACGUAUCAGUUCGAGGAUGUUGUCUCGAUAUAAUAUCAAAUUCUCAUAACUAAUUUUAUAAGCAAUUUAUAGGAACUACACAAGGGAAUUUCUAAGUAGAUCAAUUUUAAUGAUUUUCCGAGUGAGAAUUCUCUCCCUUUACCCCAAAACCCCAACCCUCCCCCUUCCCUAUCCUCGCGAGGAUUGUCGUCUGUCAGGCUGCUCCUGUGGUAAAAUGACACCACUUACAGCACUUAUGAUAGAACCAGUAUUAUAAUAUUAGUACUAAAAUAUAAUACAAAAAUAUAUUAUACUGGCAACCAAAAACCUCGGAAAGGUUACGUUACUAAUGAUACAAGUACAACUUAAGAAUUAUGCGGAGUGGCAACCUACAGAAGUGACAAAUAAAUUUGAGCAUAUUUUAACUUAGCAAAACUAUGUAUAAGUUUUCUCUAUUUGAACAGGCUGUACUCUUCUUUUAUUACUAUUAACAAACAUGUAAAUUUGCGUAUGAUGGAUCCGUGUUGUCUGAAUUUUCGUUACGACAUAUUCCAAAGUUCAGUAUGACCAGCUGGAUUUCUGUGAAGGUUCGAUAUUUAUAUUGCGUAGACAACUAGGCAAGUAGUCUUCAUUUUGACACUGUCGAUAUCUGAAAGUUUUUCCAAGCUGUAUGUUUUUUUUUAAUUGACUUUUAACCCACUCAUACGUUAUUUCUCUAUCAAGUCGGGUAAGUUCCUCUCCUUACACGCGUAUUUGAUAUUUUUUUCAUUAUUAUUAAACGAUAUCUUAGUUCUACUUGAUCAUAUCGAUCAUUUUCUGAGUAAAUUUUGUAACGCAUGAACACAAAAGGCAUUUUCCUGCGCAGCUUUCGCAUACAGUUCUUUCUCUGAUCUUCCACUGCAAUGCACACAACGGUGAGAGCAACAGGGUGGAAUUUUUCUAAACGAGAUGCAAACCUGAAAAUACAAUUAGUUCUGCAUAGCGGAUGUCAAGGAUUACUCCCAGGUUGUAGGGGUCCACGUUUAAAUGCCAGGGGUAUAUUGAGUAAUACAUGGUAAACCACUUUUCUGUCGUAGGAAAUUGAAUUUACUGUAUAAGGGGUCUAAGCGGGAGCUGAGCUCAUUUCAGCAACCCCCGUAGCGGGGAAAUGAGAGCAGUCUAUAAUUAAAUUCGGGAGGUUAUUUUUAUGAGUUGAAUUUACUUCGACCUUCCUGGCUGUUAUUUAUUUAGCUUGAGGUAUAUAUAUAUAUAUAUAUUUUUUUUUUUUCCUUUUCAGGCGCUUCUUUAGUUUAUCGUAACAAUCAGCCAUACUCUUGGUGAGAACCUCUCCUUCAGCAUUCGUAAAGAUUGUCAAGAUUGUAAAUCGCCGUUAAGGUAAGAGAGACCUCUUCCGUAUUCUUGAAAAAUUUUAAUUGGGAUGAAUGUUAUGAAACCCUUGGGAAAUGUGGUCCAUGCCUUUCACAGACUUCAAUUUUAUCCUUUCCUUCUCAAAGCCCAGUUCGAGGUUUCUCUAAAGUAGUGCGCGACACUUCGCACCCUGCCAUGAAUUAAAUGGCUUUUAACAGGGAUUAAAAUGCUUUUAACACGUCUGUUUCCAAUUGGAACUAAGGAUCAUAAGGAUAUGAAAGAAACAUUUUUUAAUGCACCCAAGCGUUGCUAGGAAUUGUUGCCGUAAGAUUAAGCUCAGCUAUAAGGCGUUGCUUACAGUGCCCCAAGAAACCACAAGUCGAACACAGCUCACUAAAUUCACGUUGCACGCUUUGUAGGGCUGUCAAGCUUGACAAGCUCUGUAAAUACAUCGUCACUGAAAUCAAAGAGGUCGUGUCGACGACAAAUUUACGUUUGGGAUUAAAGCAAAUAUACCCAACAGCUGUGUACAACACAGAAAAAAAGAAAAAAAAUUUAGCCAUGGUUCAUAAAUUCUUGGUUAAAUUCAUUAUUGAUUUUUAAAGCUAUUAGUGAGGCAAUGCAUUCGUCGAAGCUUACAUACGUAUUUCAUACGUGAACUGAAAGCCUCCUGGUUCAUUUGCGUAAUGUUAUGUAACAUCAGAGUGACUCGCUGUAAGGUUAAGAUACUAGGACUUCAGCAGCCAGAAAUGACUCAUUUUAAAUGAAAUGAUAAGUCGAUUCUCACUGAUUUUGCUCCAACAUUAUUGUAACUUAAAGAGAAGUAAGUCCUGCUCCUUAAGUCCUGUGCUCUUCAAAGAAACAUCCCCAUUUUCAGCCGUUUUUAUUCAAUCAAGACAUCUCCAAAAGCAACCGUCUUCUCUUUCAGGAAUCUUAUUUUUAAAAACGGUUAUCUCGUUUCGACGCUAGGUUGAUCCUCUUUUUGUGAUGCGGUGUCUGAGAGUAAAUUUCUUGAUAGCUUCCAUUAGCUGAUUUUAUUUUUACGGCCCCACAGCAUUUGUGGAAGGUAGAUAACAAACCGCAUAUUAAGUUCGGCAGGUUACUGAGAAACAGGCGAAAAUUCCAUUUCCUCACCAUGUUUUCUUAUGUCUGACGAUACAAAAUUGCUGUCACUGUAAGUGAGUCCAAAUGUUAUUUUCAAUUCAUUUAUUAUAUUGUGGAGUCGCUAAAAUUAGUAAUAAUUCUCUGUUGUACUGUUUUGCACGGCUGACAUUUUUUUCAUUGUUAUAAUUAUAGCGUAAAAAUGACAGUGAGACAAAAGACUUUCUAAAUUACAUUCGAGCAUUUUAACAUCAAGCAUUAAUCUUGCUGCGAGACCUUCAAAUUACGUAUUAGGGCUCUUUUCACUCAGAUAUCAUAUCGUCUGAGUGUCAUAUCUUGAGAGGUCUGAAGAUUUUUCUUCUAUUAAUUGGACACAUCAAGAUCUGGACAAACACAAGACCUGGGUUAUUAGUUACAAAUCUAACGAAAAAGGGAAAAAAUUACCUUGCAAAUUCAAAUUCAUCGAACUUUUAAUUCCUUGUACAAAUCUGUUUGUGUAUGCGAAUCCUUUUUUCUGUUUCAAGGGACUAGUUAGGAUUAUGAUAGCUAACCCUCUAACUCCCAGAUCAAAUUUUUUAUUUUCCUUACUGUCAACCAUACAAUUCUUAUAAUGUUAGUUCAGAGAAUUUAAUAGUGGAUCAACUAAUUAUUCCCAAAUUGAUAUUUUCUUUGUUCUCAUCACUUAUCUGGUUGAUAUUGUGGUGAUAUUGUAAGGAGAAAUUCUCUCUUAUUCACUCCUGGGAGUUAGAGUUAAAUAUCAAAAGAAUGUCGCUUGGUAGGUUUGUCUCCUAUGCGAGACAGUGGCUGGCUCAAUUGAUGGUGCCCUUGUAUUGUGGGACUUGAAAAGCUUUAGUGCUCGUUUAUGAAAGAGGUGGUUUCUCAGAAGCAAAACUUCAUAGUUCAUCUUGGAUAUUUCCUUUCCAUAAAAUUGUUGAAAUUUCAGAUGUUAGUUAAAAAGUAUCUUCGCUUGCCUCGCGAUGUACUAAAUUCUGGUGUGGAUCGUUACAUCGUACGACAAACAUGCAAACUUUAUCAGUAUUAUUAUCAUACGUCAUCAUGAUGAAUAACAAUACCCCUCUACACGAUAACUUUUUUUUUUUCGAGGAGGAGGGGAAUUAUUGUUGAUGUUUUUUUUAAAUUUUAGAGCAGUUCAUUUUUAUGGUGGGUAAAAUCUUGACACUGAUUGAUCGAAGGGGACAAUUCGGAUCAGUAAAGGAAUUCCUUUGUCAGUUCCGUCGAACGACAAGCGCACAUAAUGAUCACAUGACUCUUGCAAGGCUGUCGCAGUAGAAUGGAAGAGAAACUCCGAUGCCUUAGGCUCCUAAUUUCAGCCGUGAUUUAUUCAGUCGUUGUUGCGUAAUAUAAAUAUUGAAAAAUAAUAAAAUCAUUGUAAAGCUGAAGUCAAACGAAACUUCACCUUUCGUUAUUUUUACCAUCAUGUCUAAUAGUGGUAUUACUUUUCAAAAAGAAUUUAUGUCAAAACCAAAUCCAUGAAGGUAAGAACCAGUUUCAUGUAUCAUUCUUGAUGUCUAAAGAAGUCCUACCUGGUGGAUUGCGAUCGGGAAAGUCGUGAUAUAUAAGCAAACUUCGAUUUCAUUUUUUUUUCGGUCGUGAUGAUAAUUAUGGCGGGAGACGAAGUAUAUUUCUAUGAGUCUCGAUUCUCUGAUUCAAAAUGUUUACUGAAUUUAAUAUUAUUAGAGCAAUUUAAAGUCUUAACUUCUUAGUCACAGUUUCUGCUGUUAAGGUACUGAUUAACUCGUGAUGCAGCUUUCAUUUAUUGAUGUUUCUGAUAUUUCAAGUGCGAGGGGUAGUUGUUUUCAGGCAAAACUUAUAUUAUUCACUUUGAAUUUCGACUGAAUAUGCCUGGAGGCUGCCAUAUAAUCAUUGGUUUGUCCUGUAUUAUUUUACUUUGUGGCUCAAGUAGCAUUUUUUGUCAUCACCAUUAAUUUUUGUAGCCGUUAGCGUAAAGGAACCAAGUUCGUAAACAUGAAUAUAUAGAGCACAUCAAACUGAAGGAAAAACUGGGGAAUUACAAUUGUUGUACGUGUCGUUGGUAAAUCUAAAAUUCAAUGUUCCUUUUCCGUCUUCGUUAGGACAAUAGAUAAAGUAGACGAGUAGGUGGGAGGGUAUUUGUCUGAAAGUUGAAAGUGUGUGCUGAUAGUUGUCGUGUGGUUUAUCAUAUCUUAAUGACAGCAUGUUUCGUCUCUUGAUCCAUUUUGAUAAAAGGACAGAAUUAAUAAGAAAAAUUACUUAUUCAAAUUAAGAUUUUGGAAGGCUUUCUUGUUGAGUGGUGUGUUUUCUGAACAAUGUUAUCGCCGGGCGCCGGAUAUCUCGCUCCGUUAUAGACCUCCCUGUAAGUAAAAUAAGGAUUAACGAACACCCUUUGUUUGACAACCUCCGACAGUAUUAUUGUAACGGUAUCUAAAAGCAAACCUGAUAGACACAAUAGUGAAACAUCGAGGAGAAAAGGUUGAAGAGCAAAAUAUACGAUAAUAAGGGCAAAAGAAAUUCGUUCUCAUAUAAACCGACCGUUAAUUUUUUAUUUUUCUCAGAAGAAUCAAUAUUGCGAUAAACCUACCAAACGGAUCGAAUAUAAAGAACGAUUCUCGUCCUUAACUCAACGGAAAUUUUAAUCAAGUCUUAAACAAUAGCAAAGAAUACCAUUUUAAAAUCAUACUACAAACAGCGUUUGACUUGCAACGAAAAUUUCAUCGAUGAUUAUUUAUAUUUUUGAACGACUCCGUUUCUUUAACCUCAGUUGAACAAGUUGUAAGUCAGGUGUUAACAACACUCCACAGUGAAGGGAGAAAAUUGAACUGUAGUCGACGUUCGCAACCCAAAAGGUCCGCGAGUUAUUAUAGCGUAAAACCGCAUUCCCUUCCGACGGAAGUAGCGGUAAGUAACUUAAGUGAUCCAAGUUUAAAGUUUUGGCUUGAGUUAAUAAAGAAGUUUUACUAAAAGAGCCUCUAAAAGUAUCCUUCAUUAAAUGGAGAACACCUUUUCAAGAGCUUCCUUUAGAUACCUGCUGGUACAGUUUCAAAGGGCGGAUUCUUUUUCUCCUACAAAAAAUGUCCUUCCCUUUUCAAGUUUUGCGCGUGGCAACCGGUUUUUAUUCUUACAAAACAGUGGACGAGUCUUAGUUGUCUGGGUAACGCACAGCCUUUCGUAAAAAGACAGAAGCGAAGAAGAUUGCAAAAAAGAGGAAAAGAUUGGUUAAAAGACAGACAUGCUUGUUUACUUUACUAGUCACACGACUCUCGCUAAUAUUGCAUUUUAAAUUAAACGUUUUUUUCUUUUUUAAUUUUUUUAGAACUAAGACUUAUCCGUUACAUGUCUGUGUAUCUCGUGUUUUCAAAUAUUAAAAUUCGAUUCCUAUAACUGAGUUCCUCCAUUGAAAGCUGUUUUUAUACAGCCGGUGUUCUUUUUCCAAAUAAUAUCAUUUAAUUGGCUUGUUUUUGUGCAAUUGCAAUACUGAACUGUCCGCCUUUUUGCGGGGGCGUCAUUCUGAUGCUCUUGUUCUAAGCUCCUUUGUAAGUCUUAAAAUCCCUUAAACCUGCCAAAUGUACGGGUGUUCUUUUCCAAUGGCGAGUAAAAAACAAAAAAAAGCGCUCAAGUUUGCAGUCCACGCUCAUGUCAGAUUUGAAUCUCAUUGUUUGAUAGUUAAUUGUCUUUUUUCUUUCUUCUUUUGAUAGAUACUUUCUGCGCCGUCAGUAGGAAUUUUUUCAGUUUAUCAUUUUUUUUUUUUUUUCUUAUCUUUCUGCUAUCUAAAGAGGCAAUGGUUAUUUACGCCACUUGAAAAAUGUUUUCUAAUGUUCCUUUUAAUCUUUCCAGUCGCUUUGAAAACGAAAAGCCUCGGUGAAAAAGGUCUGUUUGGUUCUUGAUUUAUAUUAAUUAAUGAAACUUUUUUGCAGUCCCUUUCGGGGGCUUAAGUUAACAUUUUAUACAACUCCUUCUAGUUUUGGGACUCGUCUUCAAGUUCCACAAUAAUCAACUGCCGAAAUCAGCCAUUCAAAUCUGUAAAUUAUCACUCCAAAAUAAUCGCUAAUUUUGCUAAGAUUUUGUGCUUCCUAUGACAACCAGCGCAGUACUCAAAAUCACAAAAAUUUUUCUUCUAAAAACCUUCUGUCUAUUGGGCGGCGGAAGCUAUCCGUUUCCUUUCUUGUGUUGCCUAAUAUCCAUUUAUUUCUCAGUGUUCGCUCAACCGCAUACCAAAACGUAUCUGUUUGUUACAUAUCAACGCCUACUGGGGUGAUGGAUGUAAGAAUUUUUUUCAAAAUCCUCUGUGUGUUUCCCUCUGCUUAAACCCACGCAUAAUGAUGUCAAUAUUUUGUGAACUGAUUCCUCAGGACAUUCGUGACAAGUCGUAUUUAUUUUGAGAGUUUGACCGGAAGCGGACCAGCAUGCGUGAUGUGACUAAAAGGUUUACUCAAUAUCCGGUGUGGCAGAUAAUUCCGCUUGUUUACCAAAUUGAAUAUUCCAGCUUAUUAGCUGACAAUGUUUUCAUAGGCACUAAGGAUGAGAUGCACUAAAUAAAAAUACACUCCAGAGGUGAUGGACAAUUUUAGACCUUUGUAUUUUGUUUGGUUGACAGUGUAUGAAAGGAAUACCUGUGUUCAUGUUUCGGCGACUGACACUAUAUGCUUUCACGCAGUAUUGAAGCUUUUGGGCGGUUGAUUCUGAUAAAUACCAGAAGCCACAACAAAAGGAGCUCAUGAAUUUAAGGCCAUUUAACGGUUUCUUUCGAACACAGGGUAUUACUUUGUCUCCAAUUAGUUAGUACACAAAGAACUAUUCAAAGAUUCCUUUAAUUUUGCUGCAAUUUAAUUUUGAUCCUUUUAAAAGAUAUUUAUUACAGUGUUAUCGCAUCAGCGCAAUAUAGCCACCUGAACACCCGUAUAUAAAGUUUUGAAUACAAAUUGAAGCAGUUCUCUAACAGAGCAGUUUAAAUUGUAGGAUUAAAAAUAGAUAUUAGUGUAGAAAUGUAAUGAUAACAAUCGUGAAAGCAAUUAAAUAUGAAGGCCCGUAUCAUCAUCGACUUGAGUUCAGGAAACCUUGUCAUAAAAUGGAGGCGUUAAAAAUUUAAAGGAUGAUUAUAAAAGACCUUGAUCACGUUUCAGCAUUCUUGAAAUGAGCGCCAUCGCAAAUUGCACUUGGCUUUUUUAAUUAUAGCGUAGGGUUUUAUAUUUUUGGUAACGGUGACAACAUUUAAGAAUGUUGUAGUGUAUUUUAAGACGCCCUAGGUUUUCAAGAUGUUAAGAAGCAGCUGCUGGGAUUUAAACUAACGGUAAAUAACAUAAGUAGGCAGUGAAGUGUAGCUUAGAAAAUCCGGCCGGCUGCACAGCGUCCAAACCAUCUGCUCGUAACAAUGUAAACAGCUGCAAGGAUUUCCGAUUUUUCUUAACUGCUGCAGGUGGUUAAACGAAAUGCAUCCUUGAUAAAUACUUCCACCAAAAAUCAGCGCAACUCAGAUUCUCAGAGAUGCUUUCUUCGUAGAAUAAUAUUCCCACCUUUUUAUUCUAGAUUGCGUUGCUUGUUUUGGAACACAAGGUAUCACUGAGAGUCUUCUCAGGAUCAUAAUUAUUAUCAUUAUAAUAACAAUUAUGAUUAUUAUUAUUAUGUUCUACCGAUAUCAAAACCUUACCACAGAAGUUUAAAUGACGCUUAACAAUACAAAACACAACGAAGGGAUAUUGAAUGACCAUUUUGUCCAUACAAGCUUGUUACCUACAGUCUCUGGAACGAUACUGGAUAAACGAGCUAAAAAGAUCUUACAUAAUCCAUUUGGAAGUGUCUGAUUUCAUCUAGCUUGGGUCGUGAAAGUUAAUAUUUUGUCUUUUGGAAACCGAAACCAACUUCAGCAAGAUAUUAAUCUAAAUCAACAGGAGCUCGAAACUUCGGCCAAAUGCGCUGAUUAAAUUUACACGUCAAAUUCCGCUACUGUUAAACUGCAUCAUUUGGUGCCAUGUAGUGAGGUAUUGUCUUCGAAAUGUCUUCUUAAAUGAAAAUUGUUUUAAGAAUUUCUGACAGCACAAAGGAAACUUCACGCAAUUUUACCAAUUUCUAAGAGGACCAGAUGUUCGGUCGCACAGGUGUGGUUGACAAUGGAACACUAGUUGCUUGUCAAGGCUUAGAUUAAGUCUCCAUUGUUUCAUGUCAUGUCUUUUGUGUCUAGGGUAGCACCAAAAACGUGGUGUUUCCAAGGGCCUUAUUGGGGCGUACAUCCCACAAUUCCGCGCUUUUGUCAGCCUCGUCACAGCUGGGCUUCGGCAAACAACAGUCUUUGCUAAAACAGUACUGUGUUAUGAAUAUUAAUAUUGCCGAGUUGAACUAUUGCGUUUGUUAUGAAAGCAAGUCAUUGCCACCUCUUGAUUCUGAUAGUGCAGUUAAUUGUCCCUUACAUGCUAGCCUCAUUCACUCUGUGUAGCGAAGGAAAAAUAGUCUCUCUGUGCCGUUCCCGCGCACGAUUUAAUUUAUUCAAGCCGGAAUAUCCUCAUUCGUUAACGCGUGGGCCCUGAUUAGCGUAGGAGGGAUAUUUUAGUACCCAAGCCGUCGCAUUGUUUGAUUUUGAAUGAAUGGACUUGAAUAUUAGCGUGAACCUCAAAAGUUUUCGCAUUUGCUCGCCGAACGUACUAUCGAGCGUUUCGAAGUAUCUGUUACUGGUGAACCUCACCAGACUUCGUCACAUAGAACUGAAGUUGUCCGUGGUUAUUAGUAGCAAGGUAAGGGACCGAUAUUGUUCGGAGUCUUUCGGACCGAUGAUUUUGAUUGAGUAUAUGGUUUUUACUACACACAUGAUCACGCGAACGCUAAGCUAUGACUCAACACUAAUUCUAACUUGUCUCCGCUUGCAGUGCGUUGAAGAAAUUGACUAUGUCUGUUAGUAGUCUUCUUCUGGAAAGCUUUGGUACCACCUUCGAUCCUCUUCAACCAUUGCUGUUCAAAGAUUUUGGCGACGAUUCAGAAGAUUUGAAAUCAAAGAGUAAAGAAGCAACCGAUGACUUAUGGAAGAAUUUUUCAUUUCCGCCGACGCCACCGAUCUCUCCGGCUUGCUCGCCCCCGCACGCGGCGACCGAAGAGGCAAGAGAGCAGCCAGUUUGCUUCGGCGUGGCAGAUGAGGCAUUUUCUCUGGACGAAGAAUGCUCGCUGUACUUCCAAGCCGGUGACCUAAAAGAUAUAUUGAUUAAAGAUUGCAUGUGGAACGGCGCUGCUUUCGAUAAGAAUGCGGACAGGAAGCAGCAUCGAUCGAAUUCAAAAACGGAUCGAGUUCGUUUGUUGUGCCAGACACCGCCACUGAGUGAAUCUGCGGCAAGGAUUUUGAGUGUGGAUCCCUCAGAAAUCUUUCCUUUUCCUCUGAGUGCAAGCCCUGGAAGCGAACUGCGAGAAAACAUCGAUGAGCAAUCGGAUUCCGGUAAAUACAACCACUGAUUGGAUAAAUAAUAGAUGCUGAGUUGCUGCGGCUGAUUAAGUCUGUUCUCCAUGUUCGCCGGUCUUUGACUUUAGUUGUCACUGACCCGUUUUUCCUGUUCAUUGCCACAAUUUUUUUAUGUGUGCCCCACGUUCCAAGGUCGCAACUUUUCUUAUAUACUUCUUGUAAAUGUUUUCUUAUGUCCCGAAAAUAGCGUUAAAUUAUUUUCUUACAUUCAUGUUUGUUUUGCAAACUUUAUAGAAGAAGAGGAAGUCGAAAUUGAUGUGGUUACUAUAGAAAAUUCAAGCAAACGAGAGCAGGAAGCCGAUGAAGUUAUUGAAACUGAAAGUGUGGAAAUUUGCACUAGAAUCGAAGAACCGGUCCCAAGUGAAAGCUGCUCUGAAGUAUCAAGUUCAGAAUUGCGAACGGAAGACCCAGAGGAAGACGAGAAAACUGAAUAUGUGGGCAAGAUAAGAACACGUCGGCAUAGAAAAGUGUUAUCCAGCGACGGAUUGAAUUACCGCGAGGGAAAGAAACUUGUUAAGAAUAUCAGCAGCUCUGGAGAAAGCGAUGAGUCUGAGAACGACAGUGAAUUCACACGAGCGACACAUAACGUAUUGGAGCGAAAGAGAAGGAACGAUUUAAAAAUGAAGUUUCAAAAAUUACGAGACUGCGUUCCGGAAUUGAAGAACAAUGACCGCGCACCCAAAGUCUCCAUUUUGCGGAAGUCUUGGGAGUAUAUAAGUCACAUCAAACAAGAAGAAAGUAAACUCCUGACCGAGCUGGAAAAACAAAAGAAAGUUAACGCUAUGUUGUUGAAAAAGCUACUGGCUUUGAAUCAAGCGAACUAGAGACUUUUAAUAGCGGGACGUAAUGUUUUUAAGCCAUUUUAUCGACUUCCUACAGAGUUUUUUUUUUAAGUACCUGACUUGUGGUGACGAGUUUUUGAAAAUGUUCAUUUGGUUUUCCUAUUCCCACUUGCGCUUGAGUCGUCGAAGCGUAAAUUAUGAUGAAUGACCAAUUUUGCUGUGCAAUAUUAGUGACGCGAUAUUUUUCAGAGAGAAUUGAGGACACACUUUAGCAAAGCUGUAGUGGCCAAACUCAACCGUGUAGAACUCAGUUCGAGUUAAUCUUGAAGAUAGAAACUGAUUGUAAAUAGGGUUAUAAUUGUGCUGUUUCAUUGCGAACAGCUUUGAAACCGGCUUUGUGCACGCUUGACAAAGGCAUUAGAAUUUCACGAAAAUUUUUCGAUCAGUCUGAUGUAGAUUUAGAAAACACGAUUUGAGAUAGAAAGUACUUUUCAAAUCAAAAAUAAAAAUAAAGUCUUAACUAUACUCUGUUUAUUGAAUGUUUCGCUAAACAUCGGCGUAAAACGAUGGCGUUUUUGUCGAGGAAACAUCGAAACAGCGUGUUCUUUGUUUGGCUGAAACUACUAUUCCAUUCAAACGGAGUGACACUCCUCGAAUGAAUGACCACCGCAUUUGCAUUUUCAUGUUGACUUUAGCCAGGCUUAGACUAAACUGCAUAAAUUACAAAUCCAU